CAAAUCUUGACUUAGAUCUUUGACCAGCUAGUUAACAAUUGACAAUGUUGAAGUGCUCUUGGCUUUAGUGAUAAGAUCUUCAUGUUGUCUGUCAGAGGAAGAUCUAGAGCUUGUAAUGGAGCUUUUUUCAGAAUUAGAGGUAAGUUACUAUAUAAUUGUCCGAGAAUUAUUUUCAUGUAUACUAAACCUUCUUCCCUGUAGGAUCAGUUAAGGAUCAAAUCUGGAAAACCAAAUCAGAGGGACAAAUGUCCUAAACAGAAUAGGGAAUGCCUUGACUAAGAAAAUCUCUCAUUCUCUAUUAAAUUAGAUCUCUAUUCAUUAACUCUCUGAUUUUGCUCAUUUUCUUUGGGGGGUGAGGGGGGAGCGGAGAGAGGGGCAGGAGGUGUUUUUCUUUGGGGGGGCGGGGGGGAGCGUAGAGGGGCAGGAGGUGUUUUUCUCUCAAAGAUAAAUAAUCCAGCACUAAAAUUUUAAAGAAGGGAUAGCAGGGAGCUUAUAAAGGGACAUUAGUGAAUCAGCAUAACUCUGAAAUGUGCAUUAUUCACUAAAGAGUCAUCUACUCUUAAAGGACCACUAUAGGCACCCAGACCACUUCAGCUCAAUGAGGUGGUCUGGUUGCCAGUUACCCCUAGUUUUAACCCUGCAGUGAAAACAUAGCAGUUUCAGAGAAACUGCUAUGUUUACAUUGCAGGGUUAAUCCAACCUCUAGUGGCUGUUUCCCUGACAGCCACUAGAGGCCACUUCCGAGAUUCUCAUUCUCAUCGCAUUGAGCUCACGUUGGACAUCCAUAGGAAAGCAUUGAGUAAUGGAUGGUUUGAAUGCGUGUGCAGCCCUGGCCGCGCAUGCGCUUUCGGCUCCACUCGGGAGCUGACGUCGGCAGGGGGAGGAGAGGUCACCGGCGCUGGAUUAAGGUAAGUGGCUAAAGGGGUUUUAACCCCUUCAGCCCAGCGGGUGAGGUCUCCGAGGGAGGCGGGACCUAAUAACCCUAUAGUGCCAGGAAAACGGGUUUGUUUUCCUGGCACCAUAGGAUCGCUUUAACCAUUUCCAUUAUGAAUAUGUUGUAGGUGAGAUCUCAGUUACUGGAUCUUGGAAACUGUUUUGGUUUUGGUGAAUGGGGUACUCCAGGCACUAGCAAAUGUUUGUUGCAAUAGGUAGCUUACAUUAACCCCUUCGCGACCGUGGACGGUUCAGGUCAGUCAUCGGCAUUUUACCGUUGACGAACGCUGACGGUCCUGAACCGUCACAACGGCAAUAUGUACUUACCCGAUCGCCGUCGUUCCCCCGGCGGCGAUCGGUGGUGCUCCCGUUGUGGGGAGACUGACUUUAUUAAUGGUAAUAAAUAGUAAGUAAGCAGAGUUAGCCUAUGCCCGUACUGCAAAAGACCUCCAUGUGUGGUGUUGACUGGAAAUCGGCACAGUGUACUCUAGAUCGCCCUCUGUUCCCAGCCUGCAAUUUUUGUGUUGUUUUUUUCUUGAGUGGGAGAGGGUAGAUUAAAGUUACCAAUGCCGGUGUUAAAAAAUAAAAUAAAAUAUAUAUAUAUAUAUAUAUAUAUAUAUAUAGAUAUUAAUAUCCCUCUUUUCCUCCCAUGAAAUGUUAUUUAUAGUGGAAUGUACAUAUAUUCAUAUUGUUCUCUUCUUUUGGGAAGGUUGAUGGUAUGGUGUGCUUGCAGCGAUUGCGAUUACUAGCUCCAGCAGCAGUCAGGGGGUUAAUACGAUACAACAAGAUCAAUGUGACAAACACAUCAGGGAUGUCUUCAGGUAGGUCAGUUUGCUAGAGUUUAUAUUUGUAGUGUUACUUUACACUCAGAACUGCUAUGUAUUUAUACCUCACCUGCUACUGUGUUCAUGCCUGUAUUUGUUGUAUAAGACGUCAAAUAAAGCAACAGUUCUAUUUUGUUUGAUGUUAGGUUUUGCUUUAUUCUUAGUAGUUUUUUGCUUGUUUAGUUUUUUGUUAUGUGUGCUGAAUUUAGAUUUACUGUGGUUGUUCAUUAAAUCAUGGCAAAUUUUUAACCGUAACUGACCUGGAAAAACAGCUGAGUCGGACCAUAUUUAUUUUUUAUUAAUCUACCAAACCUCCAAAGCAAUCCAUUCAAUUACAGUCCUAAUCGCUGUGUUGGAGAUUUUGUUUUCUACUUCUGUUUGUUUUGAUCAACAUUUGCUAUUCACUUGUUAGUUUUCCAUAAUUCCCAGUUUAGUGAUUCAGCCCUAAAAUUUAAAACCUAGAGUAAAUCAGAGUAUACAAAACACCUUCUUCUGUCAGAGAGAUAGACCAGUUUUUGAAGCAACCCUCCAAGCACCAUAACCACUACAGAUCACUUGCUAUGGUGCUGGGACUGCUCAGGUAGUCUCCCAGAGUAAUUAGUCAAAUGCAUUUGUUUUUUGUUUAUUUUUUAUUUUUAUUGAAACAAUGGUAAAAGCAGUGCCUCAAACAAAUAAGAUAAAUCUUUCAAUGGUGACCUAGUUUUGCCAGGGCCCUCUUCACCUACUGUUGCCAUAUGUCUUGUUAGAAUUAAAUGUUUGUCUUGUUAACCUAUUGUACAGUAUUGCCUGAUAUGUUGGCACUAUAUAAAUAAUUGUAAUUUUAAUGUUUGCUCAAUUUGACAUUUAGUCAUACAGUGUGAUCGCCAAUGGAAUAGGAGAAUGUAGAAUUCAAGCGUACAAAAUGAACACAAAGUUAAAGGGACACUAUAGUCACCUGAACAACUUUAGCUUAAUGAAGCAGUUUUGGUGUAUAGAACAUGCCCCUGCAGCCUCACUGCUCAAUCCUCUGCCAUUUAGGAGUUAUAUCCCUUUGUUUAUGAACCCUAGUCACACCUCCCUGCAUGUGACUUGCACAGCCUUCCAUAAACACUUCCUGUAAAGAGAGCCCUAUUUAGGCUUUCUUUAUUGCAAGUUCUGUUUAAUUAAGAUUUUCUUAUCCCCUGCUAUGUUAAUAGCUUGCUAGACCCUGCAAGAGCCUCCUGUAUGUGAUUAAAGUUCAAUUUAGAGAUUGAGAUACAAUUAUUUAAGGUAAAUUACAUCUGUUUGAAAGUGAAACCAGUUUUUUUUUUUCAUGCAGGCUCUGUCAAUCAUAGCCAGGGGAGGUGUGGCUAGGGCUGCAUAAACAGAAACAAAGUGAUUUGACUCCUAAAUGACAGUGAAUUGAGCAGUGAAAUUGCAGGGGAAUGAUUUAUACACCUAAACUGCUUUAUUUAGCUAAAGUAAUUUAGGUGACUAUAGUGUUCCUUUAAUGGUAACAUACAGUCGUACACUGGACAAUAGGGAGCUAUGUUUAACUUAAGAAGGUAAGGUUAGAAACAACAUGUGUGUCUAGUCAAAGUUCCAGUCUGAUAAGGAAUUGUGUCUAAAGACCUGAUACUGUUCACUUUAUACAUCCAUUCUGCGAUAGAAGGCCCUUCAGAACAAUGACGAAACGUAGGAAUUAAUGCCUGAGCCGCAUUUAAUGAAUUUAAUUCUAUAGAAAGGGGUAUAUUUAUGCAGAUGUUCUGGGUAAAAAAAUGGAAGAAAAAGCAAUUACGUUCCUAGGGGAGAGGUUUUGGAUACUUUAAUUAUGGCAACUGGGAUUUAUUUCCAAAAUGGUUGAAUAAUGGGACAGUCCGACCAGAUCUAAAAGCAUGUACCCUGCCCUCUCUGAUACUUCAAGCAUGUGUCUGGUAUUGAGGGGUGCAUGUGACAAUUGAAGGAUGGUAUCUUAUACAACAGGGUUAUCAACUUAUAAUUCAUUUCCACCCAACUAAUGCUCAUAAAACUGAUAUGGGUGCAGUAGAAUCCUUUUCUGUUACUUCAUGGAAAAUGUCAGUAGACCAGGCUUUAGUAAGUGGUGGCAGUUGAGGGUAGAAUGCUUUCUGCAAUGGCGAGUUGUUUAAUGCAAGUAUAUGCUUUCAAAGUAAUGGAUGACAUGGCCACUGUAUGUGGGAUGUGGAUGAAAGGUGAAAAGAUGUAAUUGAUGGUAACAGAACCUGUCCAUAAAGGUUAGAAUAAGAUCAUUGCAAAGCUCCAUUAAUGUUUUAGCUUUGCAGCUGAGUAUACAUCCUAUAGGGCUACACAGAGAGAGGCCAACAAAGGCCAGAGUAACCUGGACGAAACAUUGGGAUAUGAGAGACAGGUAGUAGUGAUGUGGUUUGGCUAGUAAGGUGGAAUUUUGAUGGUAUGUUGUCUCCAUAAUUAAAGUAUAGGGGUGAUCAUAGGACGAGGAUGUUUAAAGCACCAUAUUGCAAUGGGGAUCAUGCUGAUUUAUAACAGUUUGACAACUUUCUUGGGUACCACUCUGUACUUGCAGCCAAAGCCUUCUAUCUGGAAUUUACUUGCAACAGAUUCCAGAUAUCUCCCUUAGCUAAGUAGGACCAUGUAUAGAUGCUAUAAUUGGCUAAGAGCGUCAAUUGUGCAUUCUCAUCCAAUAGCCAAGCAGGACCGUGUAUUACUGCUAUCAUUGGCUAAGAGCGUCAAUUGUGCAUUCUUUGCCAAUGUCCCUCUAUUGGGCUGUGCUUAGCUAUGGGGAGACAUCUGGCGUCUCCUGAAGGAGAAGAUCAAAUGUGGCAUGUGGGCCCGCGUGACCCAGUUAACAAUUUGAUAAAUGACUCUUGCCGGGUACCACUACUGCUGUAGUAGUUAUGGUUAUUGGAGUAUUCUUUUAAAUCAGUAGCUGGUGACUGUUUUAGUGCUGCAGUAGCCUUUAGGAGACAGGAUCAAGCAUUUUUAGGAACUAGUGUGAUGUUUCAGGAACUACUAAUUAAGUUUUUCAUGCAUUAUUAUAAAUUCUGAACCUAGAGUCACCUUGGAACGCUAAUGGCUCAUGCUGGUGUGUCCACCUUCGCUCAUGCAUAUUCAUUGACAACUAUAAUCAAACAAGGAAACCACAUUCAUUAUAAAGGUUUUUCUUAACAUGGUGUAAAUUCCUUUUGUGACAUUCUCUGAAAACCAGUUUAGUGCAUUCACUGUUACAGCUCAGGCACUUUUUCUAAAAGAAAGACAAUAAUUAACUUUAGUUUAAUGAAGAGCUAUUGGGCAUUUCAGUUAAUUGGCUUAUAUGUGACCAGCAUUAAAACAGAUUUGUCUCUUUUCAUGUUUCAGGUUAUAACCAAGCCAAUGUGGUUAUCCUGCACAAGUCCCUAGCAGAUGACUUUGAGAAGUUUUGCCAGGCUAACAAUGGCCCUCUCCCCUUAUUAUACAGGAGUGCUACAGGAGAGCGGAAAUGCCCUCCAUUGAGUAAAGAUUCAGAUAUUCAGUGAGUACAUUGCGACAUGCAUACCAAAAGUGAGGAAAGGUUUAUUAAGAUCGUAAUAGAUUGCUAUUGGAUAUGUAUGAGCAGAUUAAAUGUAAGGUUGGCAAACAGGGACUUUUAUUUAACUGGCUGUACAGACACAUUAGUCUAGCUACUGGUUAUUCCUUAUUAUGUACAAUGCAAGGAAUACGUGUUUCUAAAACAUUAUUGAGUUAUGCAUAAAUUAUGGUGCAAUCUGUAAUCUCAAUUAUGAUCUAUUUGGUUACAAGGAACACUCCAAGCACCAUAACUACUACAGCUUGAUGUUGUGGUUAUGGUGCCAAGGGUGCCUUAGUGCCCACCAUUGUAAGAAUUCAAACCAGUUUUGAACAGUUUGACUUCUUACCUGGGUUCCGACAGGCACUGCUACGUGUCUCUACUACGAAUAUUGGAUUACUAGAAAUUCGUAAAGAUAAGCCCUGCAUUUUCUCCACACGCGAAUCCUCACUUGACAAAGUUUAUGAGAUGAAUAAAUAAGCUGUUGUGUUGAUCUUUAUAUAAAAUACUUUAAAACUAUUUAUAGUUUCUCAGUGAGCGAUCUUUUGUGUGUAUUGUUAGAUUUAGUGUUGAUUGAGUUAUUUCACUUGCUUUUACGUCAAUAUUGAUUAGAGUUUAUACAAAUAUUUUUUUUGCACCAUGUUUUACUUGUUUUUUUGGUAUAUAAUUAUAGAACAGACUGCCUAAUGUACAGGAGAUAUGAAAAUGGAGUCUACUCUGGAAGUUUGAGUAACCUUGAAAGUUAUGCUGAGCAGCUGAAGAACAUGGUGACCUUUUACCUGGGCUGUAGCUUCUCUUUUGAGAGUGCAGUGGAGAAUCUUGGAGUCCCUGUAAGGAAUGUUGAGCAAGGGUGCAAUGUUAGCAUGUAUACGGUAGGUGACAGUCGUGUCCUGCAUAUGAUUUAAGACUAAUUGGCAUCAGUACAACGUGUGUAGCAUAGUCCACAUUAUCUAGCGUUCUGACAUACAACAGUUAGAGACUGCAGUGUCUAUACGUUUUAGUUAUAGCCAACUGAAUCAUGGGAAAUGGACCAUUUGAUUCUGUACUAAUCUUGUUUUGGGAUGAAUGUCAACUCUGCUAAAGAGAAUGUAACUGAGAAUAAAGGCAGACACUGAACUUUCCUUAUAGAGACUUAAAUACAAGUAAGAUUUUACUAUAUUUAGGAAGGCAAGGGGGGUACGGGGGCUAGAUGAGGUUUUAACUCUAUAGGGUCAGGAAUAUAUGUUUGUAUUCCUGACCCUUUAGUGUUCCUUUAAAAACAAAUUUCUGGUCACUUAUUUCGCAUUGGAAGUAUUGUAGAAACUGCAAUGUUUCCAUUGCAGGGUGAGACACACUUCUAGUGGCAUUCUUCCUGACAGUCGCUAGAGGAGCUUUCCCUGUGAGAAAAGGCUCUGUUCUCAACCAAAUGCUCUCCUAGAGAACAUUUGGUUGGAGCAACAAGUUACUGAGCAUAUGCACUAGCAUUCCUGUACUUCCCUAUGGGAAAGUAUUAAAUUGGCUGAUAUCAUCAAUCUUGAUUAUUUAUCCCACUCUCUCUAGAAUGUGCUCUUGUUUGAGCAGGGCCUUUAACACCCUCUGUUCCUUUGCGUCCAACUCGUCUUGUUGCAAAUACUUGUCUGUUUGUCCACCCAUUGUAUAGCAUUGUGGAAUUUGUUGGCGCUUUAUAAAUUCUUUAUAAUUAUAUCAUUAUAAUUAUUUAUUCUGAUAAAUAAGACCAUUAAUAGUUUUAUCAUGUGAAAAAUAAUUUUGAUUAAGUUAAAUUUUAAAACAGAAUGUAUAUCGUAUAUCUGCAUAUUUUCUGUAGACCUCUGUUCCCUGUUCACCAGUUGGAAAUUUUUCUUGCAACUUGGUGGUGACCAUGAGGCCGAUUCCUUUGGAUAAGCUAGAGUCUGCAGUGAGAGCAACACAACCCAUGAAAAACUAUCACGGAGCCCCAGUUCACAUAGGAUGCCCAGGUCUGUCAGCCCUUAAUAGACAUGUGUAAUGUUCAUAUGUAAUACUCUGUACCCUAUUGACUUGACUGAUAUUAAAGAGACACACUAAGCACUAAAACAAAACAGUAAAGUAGUUUUGGUGUGUUGAUUGUUACUCUGUAGUCUCACUGUAAAUCACGUUGUUUAUGCAGCCGUAGCCACGCCUACCCUGGCUGUAACACAGACAGCUUCCCUACACACUUCCUGAAAAAGACGACUAAAUAUUCUAGCAUCCCUUAUUAAAUAGAUUUUUUUACCUCUUCCUCUGUUAUUUGCAUGCUAGAGCCUACUGCACCCUCUUGUGUGGAUGAGUUAAUGUCAAUUUAACAGAGCAGUUUACAAUAGUGAUAGAACUCCUACAAGGCAUGGCAUUGAGCACUGAUAAUGCAGGGGCAUGAUCUAUACACCAAAACAGCUUCAUUAAGCUAAACUUUUUUAUUAGUGUCCAUUAAAGACACCACGCUAAUCUGAUCAUUGAAAGCACAACUUGCACAGCUUUCUUAUAAUAGACAGAUUAGUAAGCAAAAAGGAAUCAUUACAUUAUUGUCUCUUAUUUCACCAUUUGUUAGUGUGUUCUAGAACAACCAUUAGAAGGCUAUGGAUUGUAAGUCUAUAUAGUUGCAACAAGUUCUUUAGCUUUGUAAAUACUAGUACCGGUAUAUUGGUUUUUUUUAUGUUACUAUCAUACUUUCAGAUACACAUAACACAUUAUCUAACUUUUUUCUUUUAUAUUAGAGUUCCUCGGUAUAAAUGAUCUUCAGAAAACAGAUUAUGGAGACCCAGUGAAAUUUCAUGCAGGGGAUAUUCCAGUGUUUUGGGCAUGUGGAGUAACUGGCGCAGAAGCCGUUAGUAGCUGUAGUAAGUAUUAUCUUUUGUCACACACACUGUAUGUUGAACAGAUCUUAAUUUAUGCACAGGCAAUGUUAAUUACUGGCAUAUGCCCGAUGAUGCAAAUUCUAAGCCAAAAUAGCUGAAAUGGAACAAUUCUCCAACUAUUUUACCAGCUUGGUUCUUUUGACAUAUUUUUAAAUUGGCAGUUUAUUAAAUAUCCCUGAGAUAACUGGCUUUGGAGUGAUGGCUGCACUGAGUAAUUUAUGAUUUAUUAUAUCGUGUUACAAUAAAGCUAGUUUAUGGACUCUACCUGAUAAUAUUACAAUACAAGAUGAAAACCAAAUGAUUACAACAACUUCUAUGUAGACCAAAGCAUAUUGCUGACAAGAUAUAUACUUUCACUGAUUCCAGGCAAGUACCGCUCCUUAUCUGGUCAGAUAUCUUGUUAGUAAUGAAUUAAGGUUUAUUUUGUGCAAUGCAUGUAUUGCAGUGUAUAUAGUUUAUCACAUUGUAGUAGCAUAAACUGAUUAACUUUAUUACAAACAAAUUAUUCAAGCCCGAUAAAAUGUGUCCUAAUGUAUGUCCAUUAAGCAGAGAGGAACUAACAACAGUGUUGAAAAAAUGUGGCUUUGGGGCCUAUUUAUUCUUUGUAAAAGGAUUUUCCACAGACCAACACAAGUUGUUUUUUUUUAUAUUUGCAGUACAUGCCCCUGUCUGCAAGUCCGCAAUAAUCUUUCCCAUUGUCUGCAUAGAAAUGUUAGAUUACCUUUAUGUUGGGCCUUGGUGGCCUAUUUGUAAAUUAUUCUUCAUUAGUUGUGUUUUUUUUUUUAAAUAUACUAUACCGCUUUUAUACCAUAUUAAAGCGGCACUGUCAUGGCCGCAUCCGUUUUUUUGUUUGUUUUUUUUAACCCCCUAGUCACCCCCAAAUGCCCCUAAAAUACUACAUUUUUUUUUUUUUUUUAUCUUUGAAAGAAUUACCCAAGGAUAGGAGAAACCUAGCCAAGGGGUUACAGAGGUAAGAAUACACCUUAAAAUUGAUCAAUGAAGAUAGCUAAUGAGGAUCGUUAGCUUCAAACUAGGAAAGCCAACCAGCCUUACCGAGAUUACCUCUUAAAUAAAAACCAAUGUAAGAUAAUAAACUUUAUUAAGAAAAAGAUAUAUAUACAUAAAUAACUAAAGUAACAUGUAAACUUGCAAAAUCAGUGAUCAAAGUGAAAGUUAAGACUGCUAGAAUUGUACCAUAGAUAUAAGCCCUACCACUGGAAACUCCACAGGCUACAGAAGUAGCAACUUAGUAAUUAAGAUCAAUGUGUUACAAAAGUAACAAGCUGCUUGUUAUUAUCCUGUAUAGAUAAUACACAGAAUUAACUGUGUGUUUCACAGGAAAAAAUGGAGGGAGUUAGGUAAAGGGUACUCUUGAGUUAAACCUGAGAUCGUGGUGUGUGAAAAUAACAGAUCAGUUAGACUAAACAGGAUGUAAUAAUAAGUGUGUACAUAUGCUGUAAUGUUCAGAAGUCUAUAUAACCGGAUCGUUAGUAAUACAGGGGGGGAAAUGGAGAUGUGAAAAAAAAGGUUCAGUCUUUACCAGUUGAUGCGCAGAGGUAUAGAUAAUCUCCUUCUAUUAAUACAGAGACCUUAUCCCUACAUAGAAUGUCCUCUAGGACAGUAUAUAUUCAAUGAUAAAGUAAGUUAGGAGGAUAGGAUGUACUAACAGUAAAGGCUCAAUAAUAUAAUACCAAUACUCACUGAAUCAAUCCCUUGCUAUUAGAAUGGGGUACCCCUACAUAGAGAACACUUUAGUGUGGGGACCCUAAAUGAUAAUAGAGGGGACCUAGUGCCGAUAAGCGGCUGGUGGGGGCCCUAAAAGACAAUGGGGCAGGGGGACCUAUUGUCCUCCCCCCGGCCCCCACCUCUGUUGCUGCUGGCUCUGUCCACACUCUGCCCCCUUGGCUGAGAUCAUUAAGCUUGAUGAUCUCAGCCAAUCCAAUGUUUCCCAUAGCUAAGCAUGAAGAGUCUACCGCACAUGUGCGGCAAAAUGCAGCGCUGCGCCAAUCAGCAUCUCCUCAUAUAGAUGCAUUAAAUCAGUGCAUUUCUAUGAGGAACGUUAAAUGCCUCCAUGCAGAAUGUGUAGACGCUGAACAGCAGUGUUGCACAUUUUGCAACACCAGGAAUCACCUCUAGUAGCCGUCUGAGUGACUGCCAAUAAAGGUGUUACUAAGCAUGUUAACACUUCCCUUUCUCUGAAAAGGUGGUGUUUACAUUAAAAGGCCUGUAGGGACCUGUUAUACCAUAAGAACUACAUUAAGCUGUUGUUGUUCUGGAGACUAUAGUGUCCCUUUAAUUUCCCUGAUUAUCUAGGAUAAAAUUAGAUACAAAUUCAAGUUAAGCUCUAACCCUUCACCUCGAACACCAAUUCUUAGAAACAGAGAUUUUCCACCUGGGCUGCAGCCACAGGUGUUUGGGAACCUAGAGGAGCCAGGGGCUCUGUAAUAUCUACAUUUGUGGGACAAACCUUCCAUAGUCCGCUUUGCUACUUAAAAGAGAGACACCCUCUAAAAAGUCAUAAUUUCUUCUACAUUGUACAAACUCACAACUUUGCACACCAAUCAACAAUCAUGUGAAUCCUUUACACUCUCUGAGGACCUUUGCAUGCAAGUAAUUUAUAGUAAGGGCUUUAUAUCAGUAAUUUAGAAGCACAUAUGCACAAACUCAUCAGUCUGGGGACAUAUGAGAUACUUAUCCGAUUGGGAGGAGGCGUUGGGUAGAGAAAUUGACAGCGACAAUUGGAAAGAGAUGUGGGAGGUGGCCGCCAAAGUGUUGAUUUGUGUAACGUGUCAAGAACAAAUGUACAAAAUAUUAUUUAGAUGGAAUACCACUCCUCUUCAGUUACACAGAAUGGAAGGGAUUGCUCAGAUGAGUGCUGGAGAUCGUGUGGUCAAAGAGGCUCCUACUUUCAUAUGUAGUGGUCCUGCAUUGUAAUAGUGACCUUCUGGAAAAAGGUGAGGGGACACUUGAUGGAGGUUUUCCUCAGGCCAUUUGUAAUUUCUCCUCUCCCAAGCUAUGGAAGGCUUUCCAAGAAAAUCACAGAUAUCAUUCAAUAAAAGCACCUUGGAGGGCCAUCAAAGCGAAUUGGUUAAAGGUUUUCACCCCACCUAUGAUAGCGGUUUUAUUGACCAUGUUACCUCCACAGUAUAUAAUUCUCUAGGUACGUUUUAUAAGAUAUGGGAACCCUGGCAUGACUACAAAUCUAUAGUGUGACAAUAACGGGUAAGAUCAGACAAGUGUUUCUACCCUACCACUGGCCUCAUUUUUUUAUUGUCUUGGGUUAAAAUAAAAGCAUUAUUCAGGUCUACCCACAUUGUCAUAUCCAAAACUGUACAUGAAAUAUGCUUUGGUUAUUACAGGAUAUUUAGUAAUUGUAUACCAUCCUCGUCAAACCAUGUACUUGACUAUUGUGUUGACUCUUGUGUUGGCAGCAGUCAAAUCAAGCAGCUUAUAUUUUAGAAAUAUGCUGCAACAGUUUUCUCCUGUUUCUUAAAUAAAGAAUUUUUAAAAAGUGACCCUUUUCGUUUGGAAUGGGGAUCCUCAGAAUUGUAACACUUGUUGAUAAAAGCUUUUCAGUUAUUUUGUAAAGUUAUUUUCAAUAAAAACACACCAAAGUGACAAAGAUCCUUGAUUUCAAACCUGACUAGUCUUUGAAAUAUAACAAUUCCACUAUCUUGGUUAACUAUAAAAGUUUAAAUGUUAGUUUUGUUUAUAUAGUGUGUUGAAAUUAGAUAAAAUGUCGGGGGCGCAUUUGUAUGAGUUAACAUUCUGAAUAUUAAAUAACAUAUUUAAACGUAUGUUUUGAUAUAGCGUGUGGUGUUUUUUUUGUUUGUUUUUAAUCAGACUCUCCGCUCGCUUUCACUCAUUCUCCUGGCUGUAUGUUCAUUACGGAUAUUAAAAACAAGGACAUAACUAACACUGAAUCCAUGGAUAUCCCGGACAUUGUGCAAAUUUCAUCUGAUCCUCUGCAUUACAGUCUCUUAUCACAAAGGACAGCAGAAAAAAUUCGGUCCCUAGAAAGCAUCAUUGGCAUAGAUCCAGGUGAUAAAAGAAUAUUUAAAAUAAUCUGUAAAUCAAAGUAAUAUGCACAGUUGUGAUUUAUGUUUUUGGAUUGAUACACAAUAGUGGUAUAUAGAUACAUUCAGAAUGACUUUCACCCAAGUGGAAUUCAUUCACUCUCACAAUGACAAGGUGGGAUUUUUUUAACUCUCAGAUCAAUAGGCAUAGGUUAAAGUCAUUUUCACUUAGACUUACAAAUGCAUUUUUAUGAUACUUCCUCUCAGACUGAUUAUGCAUCAUGGGAUAUAUACUCUCAAAAUCAUGCAAAUCAGAUGCUUGACACGUACAGUUGUGAUUUUUCAUUUUUCGACUGACAUUCACAUUUUAGAUUGUAAGCUUAUUUUUACAGGGCCUUCUUUACCUACUGUUCCAGUAUGUCAAUAAUGUUUUGUUAGAAUUUAGUGUUUGUUUUGUUUACCUAUUGUACAGCGCUGAGGAAUAUGUUGGUGCUAUAUAAAUAAUUGUAAUUCUACGCUGAUGUUGUUCUUUUUCAGACUGACACACAAACACUUGUGAUUUAGUCACUUUAGACUGUAUUCAUGUUUUAUUUGUGACGCAUCUCCUUAUAUGUCUCCUGAGGGACAUAUUUAAUCAUUGGCAGAGUAGUAAAUCUUGCACUAGGGAUGCCUUUGAAAAUGUUACAAUUUUCCUUUCUUGUUUUUUAGGUGACAGGGGGAUAAAACAUCUUAUUCUUAAGGAUGAACUUCUGAGAUCAAGUCUGUCUUUGUCUCACGCCAAAUCCGUGCUUAUAACCACUGGGUUUCCAACCCACUUUAAACAUAAUCCUCCAGAAGAAACUGAUGGCCCCCCUGGUGCCAUUGCAAUGGCGGCUAUGUUACAAGCUCUGGGAAAAACGGUUGCCAUUGUAACAGACCAGCGAGCCCUUGAUCUGAACAAGAACCUUAUUGACCUCGCUGUAAAGCAAGGUAAAUACAUUGAAUUAUUAUUAUUUUCAGUUGGUAGCCUGGCGUUGUCAUGCCUUAGAUUAGUGGUAGCUUGUCUUGACAUUCAAGCUGCUUGUGACUGCAUUGAUCAUAAUUGAUGGUGUUCUUAUGUGACAUUCUGCCAACUAAAGGUUGCUAGUUUUAUAAUGUACACUGUAUAGAUCAUGCUUGUCUGCAGGAUUAAAGUUAUAAAUUAUGUAGCAAACCGGCAACUGGAAUAUAUAUAUCGUCCAUAGAGGUUUCAUUAGAAAGUCACUAAGAAUGUUAAAAUGCUCUUCAUAAACUCAUAAUGUUAUUUGUGAUUUAUAACCACCAUGUUAUCCCCUAUCUAGGUACUUAAAACACAUCUGCUUCAACAUGAGACAAGAGAAUAAUAAUUUCCUUCAGUGUUUUUGGCACGUCACAGGCACAGACUAGACUCACUCAGUACAUUUAGGUCUAGCACAUGAAUCCUUAGCUGUAUGGGGAGUAAGAUGCAUCCGUACACCUCCUUGUGGAGUAAAGUGAAAUUACAUAUAAAUACAACUAUAGAAGCCAAAUACAGGUACAGCAAUACAGCAAUACAAAAAAAAAAAAAAAAUUGGGUAAUUAUUGCACUCACAAAAAUAUGUUUGUGUCAGGCACGUAGUUAGGCUUUAACGUAUACAUCCUUCUUAUGUCCUCUUCCCACUUGUUCAAUGCAUAGAGGGAAAGCAAAAAGACAAAUACAUAGUGCAGCAAUUCCAACCAAUUAAAUUACUUUAUUAAAGUUGCACUCACAGGAUAUAAACUAAAAUAUGGCACGUCAACAAGCUCCUGUUGUCUGGAUCAGGAUGGCUACAUCAGUCCACAGGAACAGUCGUGCAGAAACAAACUCAGGAUAAAAGUUAAACAGGAAAUAUAUAAUACAAACACUAUGGGAGUCCUAAAAGCCCUAUGCGUUUCGUCCUCAAGGAAAUCCGAAGGGUGUAUAGAGAUGAUCUUCACUCUCUAUUUAAAGCCUCUUUUCACGCCAUCCCAAAAUCCAAUCAGCCAGUCGGGUCCGGCGACUUCGUGCAGGCCCAUCUAAAUCCAAUGAAUGCAUCUCAAGCCUCGAUGUAAGUCAAUUUGGUGACGUAUUUCUGGCAACGGCGGAAACACCAAAUGCGUUCCAAAUGGUCCGAUGACAUGCUUACGGGAUCAUGGGGAACAUGAAUUGCGUUCCAGUAGAUGAUACCUAAAAGUCCAUUGGUAUGAGUGCAAUAUUUAUUACACAGUAUUACACUAUUUGUGUUUUUGUUUUUUUUAUAUUUUUUUUUGUAGAUUGUAAAGCUCUAUAUAUAAAUUACAGAGAAGGUCAGUGAGAGAAUUGCUCAAAGUAUAUUAUUCUUUGUAAAAAUAAAAUCAAUGUAAUUAGCAGCACAGCACAAAAAGAAUAUCAGAGAGAUAAUGAAUGGCAUGUGGAAACAAAGAAACAUAUAGAUAAAGGCAUUCAGAUAGACUUAUUCACAUAUGAUCAAAAGUAAUGGAUAAGCACAGUGUUAACCUAUAGUGCGCCUGUGUUUUUUGUUUUGUUUUGUUUUUCCCCCCAUAUUGCUCUAACUCUGAUUUCUCUCUCCAGCUAUCAUUAUGGAAAUAUUUAAGUUGUACAAAAAUGGACAGUGCUAUAGUGCACAUGCAGUGCUACAAGUGUAUUAUCGAAGGGCACAGAGUAUGUACAGAUGUUUUGGGUUGCCCCUAUUAAUACAAAAUGUCUUUAAACAAGAAACACAAUGUCACACACACACACAUAUAUAUACAGUAACUAAAGUUAAUCCAUAUGUCUCUGCACUACCCCAAUAGAGUAAUACAUCAACGCCAUUGCUCCAGCUGUCAGGCGGGGUGACGCCAGACAUAAUGUACGUGGCAUUCUCCAUCGUUGCGAGGCGUUGUUAUGGUACUAAUAAACAAAGCUCUAGUCUCUCAUAUCGCAAGUAAUAUACACUAAAUGCUGUUGCUGAUUACAGCUUCCAGGAAUAAAAUAUUAAUAGCUACACCAUUCAUAACUAAUACAGAGUAAACAAAAUAGAGCAUUUUUAUAAUGUAACACCAGGUUACCAAGAGGGCUUAGAUACAGCACAUGGACAGCAAAUAAAAUGAGUUUUAUGGCUAACAAUCUAAUAAAUUAGUUGUAGCACUGUAUUUCCACUAUUGCUGCCCUCAUUUUUGUCUAGCUUGUUCUCACUACCCCUGCCUUAAGCAACAGAGGGGGAGUUGUAAGCUACACUAAGUGAACUUUUUUUUUCUUUUGUAUUUUGUAUUACUGCAGAACUGGACACCAUUGUCAGUGAUUUGAUUUAUACGUAAUUCUUCAACUCAUAUUCAGUUUUCCUUCUCUAAGCCUGAACUGGUUUUGUUGUAAUUACAUGAUCGUAACGAUGUCCUCUAGACCAGUGUUCUCCAACCCAGUCCUCAUGGACCACCAACAGUCCAGGUUUUGUCAGUAUCUCCAUUGGAAUAACACAGGGAAAUAGGGAAAUACAUAAAUCCUGGACUGUUGGUGGCCCAUGAGGACUGGGUUGGGGACCACUGCUCUAGACUACUAUGAACACUUCCUUACAAUAUAGUAAAUAGAUGAUUUCCCAGGUUCUUUUGUCAAAGUAAUGAAACUACUUUCAUUAUUUGUAUUGCAAGACCAAAUUUAAACUAUAACAAUUCUCAAACUCACAAAACAAAUAUGGACAAAAUGAAGGUUAGAAUGAAUCAUUACCUGCCUUCACGUAGAAUAGAAUUACAGGACACUGUAGCUAUUUUUAUUGGAAUACAUUUAAAUUAUUGUAAGCCUAUAGUAGCUCUUCUUAUUUUAUAGAGAUUAUCUUCAAUUAACAAGGUAUAUUUGUACUAAAUUGUUAUGUCUCCUCAGUUCUGAAACGCCCUAUCUAAAGUGCUAUAAUUAAUUUCUUAUAUGAUUUGAGGUGUGUUUGAAAGUAUUCGGAUCUUGGUAAUUAGAUUUUGUUUUAAGUUUUUUUAAUUACAGAUUUACUAAAUCUGAGCUUAUUGUGUGUAUCUUUAUAGAUUCCCACCUCCUUUAAGUUUGAGUAGUUGUUACUAGUCAACACUACCGAUAUGUUAUUUGAAAAGAGUACACUUUUACCUUUUGUGUUUUAGAGCACAGUGUGGUUAUGGAAAACUUAUUUGCUUAACCAGUGAGAAUGGACAAGAAAAAAAAAGAGAACAGUCACCCAUUCCUGGUGUGCUAUAAAUCAUAAACAUAAAGCUUAACUGAAAUUGCAGAUAACUUUGUUUGUGUACACAUUGGUAGGGCAUUUAUAUAUACAUCUGCUCAAUGUCUAAGACUAGGUCCAUAAUUUAAGAUCAAGGGUAUUUAUUGAAUUUUUCAGCAUCAUUAUUCAUCUAAGACCAUUUGUGUUAGCAACAGUUUUAAUAAGUUAUAGAAUUUCUAUAACUCAAACAUGGACACUAACAUGUUCGCUAUAACCUAGUCCACUGCAGUUUGGUAGAAAUUGAAUUGUAAAAGUAGGACACUCUGUUCUGCUGUGAUUGGUGAAGAGUUUUUUUGUGUCAGAAAGGUAUAAAAAAACUGAUGAAUCCUAUUAAACUAGUACAUGAAAUAGAUAUAUAAUAUAAAAGCAAAUGAUGAGUCUGGCACUCUGACCAAAAAAUAAUAAUGUACCCCCGUAUAGAACAGGGUGCUUCUCAGCACUGCAUACUGUAUAUAUCCCUAUGAAAAAAAGAGAGCACUCUAUGGAUUUUCAAUUAAUCACUCUGUGUAUUAAAUCAGCAUAGAUCAAGGUUUUGACCCUACCAGGUCUUUAUCAGGAUCUUGAUAAAGAUCUGGUAGGGUGGAAAUGUGGCUCUAUGCCGAUUUAUUGGAAAUCCAUCAACUGCUUUUUUUUUUUUUGGGAUCUAUUUAUUUAUUUUUAUCCAUGUCAUAUUUAUAUAAUAUGUAUGCAAGUUCUAAAAACUAUUUAAUGAUAAUCAUACCAGAUUUACCAUGUGAAUCAAAUCUAUAUUUCUAAACAGGUGAUACUUUAGAAAUCUAAUGAGAUGUUUAUAGUUGAUGCAGGUUAAAUCAUGGCUUUAGGUAUGGCUAUCUGUAUAGCCUCUCUUGUGGUCUAAUUUCUUCCCCUGAAAUCAGUUUCUAUGUUGACGUACAAGUUGUGUGUGCGUUAUCACUCAGGACCGGGGUGAUCUCCUUUUUCCACGGGAAACCCCAUUUUUUGACAAAUCAAUCCUAUAAGGUUUGAUAUAAAACUGUAGGAAAUAGUCCAAAGAUUCUCAAUGCAAAAUAACCACUACUAAUUAUAAAGCUACAAUAAAGAUUUCCUCAGUUAAACAAAUUUCUGGAAAUAGGCCACACCAUAUACCGCCUAACAUUUCAAAUGGACGUAGCGCAUUCGGAUCUCUCUCCCCUUAUUCAGGGACAUGAGUUGGCAGUACUCGCCAAGGAUGUGGAAAAUAAUAUACAGCACAUAUCAUACAGCUGGCAAUAGAAGAAAUGACUAAUACCCCUGUAUGAGAAAUAUUCCCAACAGAGGUGAUCAGUAUUGGUGGUACCCACCCACUCUGGGCAUGAACCCUAGAAACAGAACAUAGAGUAAAGAAACUUAGAAUAAUUUGGAGAUCAAAUUUCCUCAGAGAAAUUCCUCUUGGGUACUAAUAAGUAGAUAGGCUGAUAAAAGGUGAGUGCAACACAGGGCUUGACAAAUCCUAGGCGUCAGGUCGCCUUGGUGACUAGGAUUUUUGUCCUGGCGCCAGGGAUUUGCUGGCAUAUGCAGCCCCCGAGGUGGCCGGCUGUCUGUUAGUGGAGUCGGGCGGCUGGCAGGCUCAUAAAGAGCAUGCGCGUGCGUGUGGGUGAUCGGUCGGCUGACCAGCUCAGGAAGAGCGUGGGCGGGCGGCCUUGCAAAUGAGAGUGUUUGUGUGCGCACGGACAAGAGGCUCCUAGAGAUUUGAGGCAGAUAGGCAGGUGUGUGAGGGAGCUGUAACAACCUCCUUGUUCUCCUCCCUUGCGCGCCCUCCAGUGAUGCCGGGAGACGAAAUAUGACGUAACUCCGGCCCCGGCAUCACUAAACAGUGCUCUAUGGAGCAGUGCAGGGAGAUGCAGGGGCACUGGACCACAGGGAAAGCUGAACCCAGGUAGGGAGGCUGGGUAUUCACAUAAAUGUGUGUGCGUCAGUGAGUGUGUGUGUGUGUGAGUGAGUGUGUGUCAGUGUAUGAGUGCAUCGGUGAGUGUUUUUGUGUGCGCAUCCGCGAGUGAGUUUGUGUGUUAGUGAGUAAGUGUGUUUACAUGACUGGUCCCCCUCCAAUCACUUGGGAAAGGGGUUUUUGCUCACCUUUUCCCCCCACGCUGUACUGAUCUCUCUGCAGCUGGCCCUGCCUCCAUGACUGCGAUCAUCAAUCUUGAUGAUCUUAGCCAAUCCAAUGCUUUCCCAUAGGAAAGCAUUGCGAGGCUAUUGCGCAUAUGUGGCAAAACCUCAUGCUGCACCAAUAAGCAUCUCCUCAUUGAUGCAGGGCGUGGAGACCCUAUACGUAGUUGCUGUGCACUGUGCAGCACUGACCCAGGAUGCACUCCAGAGCCCGCCUGAGUGACUGUCACUAGAAGUGUUACAAGGCAGCAAUGUAAAUACUGCCUUUUCUCUGAAAAGGAAGGGUUUACUUAGAAAAGUGUGCAUGGACAGAUUAUAGAUAUGAGAACGAUAUGAGAACAACAACAUUAAGCUGUAGUGGUUCUGGUGACUAUACUGUCCCUUUAGGAAUUGUAUUUUUGACAUUGAAAAACCUGGCUCCUAACUUUUUUUGCUGGCUCCUAGAUUCCAAACAAAUUUGUCAAGCCCUGGUGCAACAUAUAACAUUUAACAAGGAUGUGAACACUUAAUAGUGGAGACUAGGUGUAUAAAUUAUCCAAUUGGUAAACCAGAAGGCUUUAUUUGUGUUGCCUAAAAUGUAUUACCUAUAAAUGAUCCUAUCCAUUUAAUAUUAAAAUAGUGGUAGUAUUUCGGUUGGUAGCUUAGAGUCUCUCAAUUGUCCAAUGUAAACAUUGGUUUGAAAAUAAGAUUCCCAAGUAACUUGUGGUCUAAUUAGACCUAGAGAUAAUAGUCUAAUUUCAAACUGUGGUGCUCUAGGGUUAAUAGGUGAGAGUACAACUAAGCUGUUGACUGGCUUAAAGCCACAUCAGGGGGUGUACCGUUAGAAUCCUGAAAAAAAAUUGGCUCAGCGCUUGGAAAUGGAACAGCAUAUAACCCCAAAUGCUUAGGGCAAACAAAUGAAAAAUUAUGUGUGUAUUUAGUGAUUCACAUAUAGUGGACUAAAUACAGCAGUGAUAUAGGAUACAUCAACUUAUCCAGAUUCCCCAAAAAAGCAAUUAUGAUUGGGAUGUCUAAAGAGUUUACCUCAUAAGGUAAGUAGGUUUGUACCCUCCUCCUUCAGUGAGCUGUGCAUACAUACUGCUUUCCCUAUGUAUGCGUCUGAAUAUCGGCAGCUUCAGCUAGACAGUCACUAAGACACCUUUGUGGGUGCCAGUUAAACUAUGAGUCCUUAUUUCUGCAGUAUAACUACUCCAACCAACUCCACCAUUGCCAGUCCUAAGCCCAGAUGAAAAAGGAGGAGGGUUGGGCGUGGGGCUAGCAACCCCACCCUGGAAAAAACUCAAAUUCUACAGAAACACCAAAAAGAGAAACAGAGACUAACUUCCUGGAAGAUGGAGGACCUCCGACAAUUCGGAGACGCUUGAUGAUAGGUGGUGAAAGACGAAAAGAAGCCACCGAGCCAAUUACCCUUCUUUCGACUAGGAGAACCCACAUCGCCACAUGGAAUGUUAGGACCAUGUACGAGACAGGCAAGAUGAAGCAGGUAGCUGCCGAGAUGAAGAAGAACAACCUGAUCAUACUGGGUCAUCAAAACCAGAUGGACACAAGCAGGACAAAGGAGAUGAUUACAGGAGAGCUGUUGCUGUACUCCGGGCAGGAAGAGAGUGAUGCACCCCGCACGCAAGGAGUAGGCUUUAUGUUGGCCAAGCAAGCACAAAGGGCACUGGUUGGAUGGGAGGCGCAAAGCCCCAGAAUCAUCACAGCAGCCUCCAGAACCAAACAGAAAAAGGUUAGGCUCAACGUCAUCCAGAGUUACGCUCCAACCAAUGAUUCCGAUGAAGAAGGACGAGUUUUACAAUAGACUGCAGAAAAUCGUAGACCCAUUCCGAGCCAGAGACAUCAUCAUCCUUAUGGGAGACUUCAACGUCAAGAUUGGACCCGACAACACAGGAUAUGAACAAGUCAUGGGGAUACACGGGCUGGGAGUGAUGAACACUACUGGGGAGAGAUUUGCGGAAUUGUGUGCGCUCAACAAACUGGUCAUUGGAGGUAGCAUCUUUCCUCACAAGCGGAUCCACAAAAACACCUGGGUAACACCGAAUAGUGUGACAGCGAACCAGAUUGACCACAUCUGCAUUAGCAACAAGUUUAGAAGAGCCCUGCAGGACGUUAGAGUUAGAAGAGGAGCAGAUGUGGCGUCAGACCACCACCUAGUAGUAGCCAGCAUGCAGCUGAAGUUAAAGAAGUGGAGGGAAACAACACAGAGUAGAGUGAAGUAUGAUGUCAGCCGCCUAAGGAUCACCAGCGUCAGGGAGGAGUUUGGACUUCAGUUGAAGAACAAGUUUGAGGUGCUACAUGAGCUGCACGAGAAAGAGGAAAGAAGCAAUGUACAGGCCAGCUGGCAGACAAUAAAAGAGACACUGAGAACAGCCUGUCAAGAAGUGGUCGGAGCAAAGAAAUAUCACCACAAAGAGUGGAUCACAGCUGAGACGUUUGUCAAGAUAGAAGAGAGAAAACAGAAGGUGGUAGUAAACAACAGCAGGACUAGGGCAGAAAAAGCCAAGGCCCAAGUGGCCAUCACCCUGAUGAAGAACGGGAAGGCAGAUGGACCUGAUGACAUACCAGCAGAGGCCCUGAAAGCAGACCUAAAAUGGUGUACCCACUCUACGAGAAGAUCUGGGAGGAAGAAGAGAUACCGACUGACUGGAAGGAGGGUUGUCUAUUCAAGCUUCCAAAGAAAGGUGACCUCAGCAACUGUAACAACUACAAAGGUAUCACAUUCCUGUCAGUGCUAGGCAAGGUCUUCAACCGCAUCCUCCUAGAGCGGAUGAAGGACGUCGUCGAUCCACAACUGCGAGAUGAACAAGCAGGCUUCUUGCAUAAUCGAUCAUGCAUGGACCAGAUUGCAACGCUGCGCAUCAUAGUCUACCAGUCCUUGGAGUGGAACUCAUCGCUGUACAUUAACUUUGCCGACUAUGAGAAGGCGUUUGACAGUGUGGAUCGAGAGGUCCUAUUGAAGCUCCUCCGGCAUUACGGCAUUCCAGCCAAGGUUGUCAACCUAAUCAAGAGCUCAUAUGGGGGAAUGACCUGCAGAGUGAUCCACGGAGGACAGCUUACCCACAGCUUCCAGGUGAAGACUGGAGUCCGAAAAGGAUGCUUGUUAUCCCCGUUCCUCUUACUCAUCGCCAUCGACUGGAUCAUGAAGACAUCCACCAGCGAACACAGAAAUGGAAUCCAAUGGACUUUGUAGAGUCAACUGGAUUACUUGGACUUUGCCGACAACCUCACACUUCUCUCCCACAGCCAGCAGCAGAUGCAAGAGAAGAUCAGAGUGUUGUCAGCUACAUCAGCACAGGUUGGACUCAUCAUCCACAAGGAGAAGACCAAGAUCCUUAAGACAACUCCAAUGUGAAGUCAGUACUGUUGUACAUGGCUGAAACCUGGAGGACAACCAAAAGCACCAACAGAAGAAUCCAGACAUUCAUCAACAGCUGUCUCAGAAGGAUUCUCCACAUUCACUGGCCAGACACCAUCAGUAACACCAACAUAUGGGAAAGGACCUGACAACUUUCAGCAGAGGCAGAAAUCUGGAAGAGAAGAUGGGGCUGAAUUGGGCAUACCCUACGCAAACCGCCAACCAACAUCACCAGGCAGGCUCUUAGGUGGAACCCCCAAGGAAAGAGAGGCCGUCCAAGAAACACCCGGCGACGCGACCUCAAGGCAGACAUCACAAUGAUGGGCUACACCUAGAGUCAACUAGAAAGAAUGGCCCAGGACAAAAGUCUCUGGAGAUCUACCUUUGGCGUCCAAUACCCCAGAGGGGUGGAGGGCAUAAAUGAAAAUGAAAUGCUGAACUCCUCCAACCAUCUAAAGAUAACCCACUUAGAUGUCUUCCUCGUUAAAAAUAAACAGGUGAACAAAAUCAGUGCAUGGUGCUAGGUGAUGUGAAAAAAAAGUAUCCCAACAUGCAUUUCGGUGCUUAGAGAGCACCUUCGUCAGGGAAGAAACUUUUGGAACUGAGAAUCUCUGGUUUAUAAAGGUGUUAAAGCCCACCUUCACAUCGGCUUCAGCCUAUAAUACUUCAGCAGUUAGUUCCGCCUACCAGUGUGGUUUCAACCUAUCCAAAUAUCCCUGUUGAUAUCAUAGCUCAAACUGGUCUUGAAAAAUUCCCUAUUCCUUGGUUGUUUAGUAUCUUAGUCGUAAAAGAAAAAAAACACAAUGUUAUCUAAUUACUGAACAUACACUCCAUAUAUUGUAACUUUACUAUAUCUUUGUAAUUGAAUAGCAGGUAUAGUAUAAAGUCUCUUUCCCAAUCACACCCCCACUCUUAGAGUAGAUGAGGUUUAAAGGACCACUAUAGUGCCAGGAAAACAUACUCGUUUUCCUGGCACUAUAGUGCCCGUCCCCGUCCCACUCCCGCCGGGCUCUAGGGGGUGGAAGGGGUUAAACUUACCUCUUUCUCCAGCGGGGGAAUCUCCGCCUCCUCGGCCGAAAGCGCGCGCAUUCAGCCAGUCUCGUAGGAAAGCAUUCUCAAUGCUUCCCUAUGGACGUCCAGCGUCUUCUCACUGUAAUUUUCACAGUGAGAAGCACGGAAGCACCUCUAGCGGCUGUCAAUGAGACAGCUACUGGAGGCUGGAUUAACCCUAAUAUAAACAUAGCAGUUUCUGCUAUGUUUAUAGAAAAAAGGGUUAAACCUAGCUGAAGUGGUCUGGGUGCCUAUAGUGGUCCUUUAAAUUGUGUUUUUAUUAUAAUAUGGGGUACUUUUGAUUCUCUUAAAGAUAUAUUUUGGAUUUAAUUACUAUUUAGACUUAUAAUAUCCUUGGCAUUAUUACAAAGCCUAUAUAAUUUUUUUUUAAUUUUUUUUUAUAAUUCUUUAUUUUUCUUGCGCAUUGGUAAUAACACAGGUAUACAUUGACAUUUAGUAUAGCAGUAGGGAGACAAAAGUAGUUUGUAUGUCAAGACAAUCUGCACACAUUUUAAAAAAAAAAAAUUUUUUUGUAAGAGUAAAAGGAAAAAUAAACAUUGUAAGAGAUCACAAUAAUGAUGACAAUGCAUCAGGAAGCACAGGUUUAGGUUGGAUAUGCAUGAGUAGUCAUCUGAUGAGUAACGAGAUAUAACGUGCAUAGAUGCAUUAUACAGUUUAAACAUGACAGACCAAUUAAGCAUAGGGCAUGAGGAAUAACCACUAAUUGUAAAGUUUGAUAACAAGAAAACACCCUUAGCUAGGCUGAUUAAGUAUCAUAAACGCAGUAGGCAUGGUUUAUACAGUAUGUGUAUAGUUACAUGCUAUGUAUACAGAAGUGGCUGCUUACACCACUGGGGUCGAGCCAAACACCACGAGGGUAUCUAUAUAAUUCAAACAGGGGGUAUCUAAAACAUAUAUGUUUAGUUAGACAUAUAUUACCCCGGGCCCAGACACGUCAGUAUAACCCUCCCCUGCCCCAAUUUAAGGUACAGCAUUGUCAGUGACAGAUCCCCGCAGUCCCCGUCUUAGAGCAUGUGAAAAACAGAGCAGUUUAAGUGCUAAACAACACCUGCAUGCUAGGUGAUUCUCAUAUGUUAAACCAUAUUUACAUGUGGGACAGUUAUUAUAGAUUAAACUGCAUGUUAGUCGUGUUCGGCUGGUAGCGUCCAUGUAGGUGUCGGAGCUGACACGGUGUAAGGGAGCUGUGUUUUGCCCCUCUGCAGAGUCCUGUAAAGGCUGUCAGCCCACCCCGUCCUUCAGUUUUAAUGGAGAGUCCAUCUCUAUGGGGCAUUGGGCUAGUAGGGGGUCUGAGUGGUGUUGUGGUGGGUAAUCCGCUUCGGUCUCUGCUUAGUGGUUGUCCUCAUUAGGCUUAAUGUGCUCCGGUUGUCUUAUGCGUCGUGGGCUUGUCGGAGCUGGCUGUGAUACGCCGUAUGGCAUUCUAGGAGCACUGCAUGGUGCCUUGCCUGGGAGACCCACUCCCCGAUGGAUCUGGAGGGUAGGUUUUUGUUUGCUGGGUGUCGGUUGGCUGCAAUGCGCUGCGCUCUCUGGCCCGCUACACCUCUCCUUUUUCCUGCUUUGGGCCUGCCCCUGCUCCGGAGCCUCGAUCUUGCAUUGUUAGAUGUCUCGCCUGGGUAUCAUGGUGGGUAUUUGUUUGCUGCAGUGGCAGGCAUCGAGCCUUCUUGCGCCUGGUUGUCUCGUUGCUUGCUGCAGGCUCUGGGAGGGAGCUUUUCAUCCCUCUGGCAUCCGUGCACGUGGCAUCCGCCAUCUUGACUGGAGUGUCCAGGCCCCGUUUCAUGGUGUUAGUGUUAGGGUCUGUCACAGCGGUCUCGGCCCCAGGUUGUGGACCAGGAUCACCCCCACCGGUCCAGAGGCGGGGAACAAGGCCAUGACCACACAAGUUUGGGCCCGCCCCGGGCAGGGUUCUGUUGGGCAGGGCAGUGGCUGUCUGUCCCACUUACCGCCAGAGUAGGCCCCGAUUGGGGCAUUGAUGCCUGCUCCUCCAGGGGACUGCAGCUCGAUGAGCCAGCCUCACCCUGGAUCCAGUAUCCCCUUUGCUUCAAGGACCGUCGCUGGUGGUCGGUUUUAGUGUUUAAGAGCAUAGUUUCAGGCUUAAAGUUUGGUGGCUUGCAGGAGCUGAGUGUGUAUGCGACCAUCCAGCUUGGCGGUCCGGCCCCGCCCCCCCAAAGCCUAUAUAAUUUGAGGAUACAAAAUUCAAGUUUUGUUGGAUAUAAAGUGAAGUAAUUUAGUUCAUACAACUGCCGUCAAAAAUUGUGUUGGUAAUUUUGCUUUUGCUUCCUAUUCUGAGAUGUCUCUGUAGUGUUUGGGAUAUAUACUCCUUUAAACUGAGUCCAGUAAUUUGUUAUGUUGACCAAAUGUUGACUUCUUAUGAAAUAUUUGCAGCCCAUGCCACCAUAUUUUAAUCAAUAGCUGUACCAGUUAGGUACCAGCUUAUUUAUCAUAAGCAGAUCGAUAAAGGCCACCCAAUGUUAAAUCAUUUGGAUAUUCCAUACUAUAUAGCACAAUGUAAAUGCUAAAACAGUAGAAACUUCCAUUCUAUAGAGGUUGUCUAAUGUUUAAAGAGGUAAUGGCAUCCGGCUCUCAUAUAGUCCUGAAGAAACAUGUUUAUUGGAAACACAUUGACAAUGCUUAUAUCUGUGAUAUGUGGGGUUUGCCUCUCAGAAUUAUCUAAGGCACUAAAAUCACCAUGGUGUCCCCUCUUCCCCCUCUCCCCCACCCAUCCUCAGUUGAUGAGUGCCGUCUCCCCCCCCCCCGGCCUCUUCAGUUGGUGAGUGCCAUCUCUUCUGUUUGUUUCACUAAUGCUUGCAGGGCAACUUUCACUUCUCUAACAAUUACUCCAUUACAUGAAACACUUAAAAUUGCUUACUUCUUUUUCUUCACCUUCUUCCCAUGUGAUUGAAGUGACAAUUGCCUUUUAUGAGUAGGGCAUCUCUUUUUAUACAUCUAAUCUUAAAUGAGUAGGAAUUUCCAUUCAUACAGCCAGGCUAAUAUUUAAUAUGUAGAGAUGAAGAUGAAGUGGUUUGGGGGACUAUAGUGUCCCUUUAACUGCAUCAUGUCAAAACACUUUGUCAGAUCUCAUGCCAUCAUAUAUAAGAUCUCCUUCUUCUCUUCUCUUUUUUCUCUAACAUUCUGUAUCUGCAAAGUUGUAUGACUAUUGUAAUAAAGUCCUAUGACUAUUACAAUAUUUGCUUUAACUCUGUCCUCUUCCUCCCCAUUUUCAUCUCCCAUCUCCAUUUUCACUCCGUUCUUCUAUUACUUUUUGCCCACAAUCUCUUUCCGUCAUACCAGCCUUUUACUUCUGAAGCGGUGUCCUUAAGGGAUUAAUAUUGCUGAAAUAAAUUACCUCUAUGAGUCUUUUGUAACUGUCUGUACUCUCGUUGUGCUCAUCUCUUUACACUACAAAAUGUUUUGCUUUUCACAUAUGCAAUUGCCUUGUAAUGGCUUUUUUCAAGUGCUGUCUAACACCUUGUAAUAUGUUAUGAUUGUUUUGCAAUUUAUUACUUAAAAAACAUCAAUUCAAAUUGAUUUAUAAAAGAGAAAAGCAUUACAACAUUUUUGAGGGUUUAUUCACUAAACAGGCAAUUAGGAAAACUGAUCAGAGAAUUGCACAUUUUAAGCCAAAUAAUGAUUUGGAAAAUGUUCUUUAUUUAUUUCUCUCCAGGAGUCAUACAAUUCCCUGUGCCUCUGUUAUGUUACAAAGAGGAGUCUUCUGACUCUGCCAUCAAAUUCCUGUGUGAAAAUGGAAAUCCGGCAACUCCCAGGUGAGAAAUAGCGUGUAUAGUGAUUAUCUGUAAAACCACAUGCAAUAGUAAGGUUUAUUUGACAAUCAUGGGAAAUUUCAAAAGUAACCAGAUGUAGACAUGGGCGUCCGCAGGAAUUUUUCCAGGGGGGGGCAUAAUUGUAAUGACAUCCAUGCUUGGUACCUUUUUGACAGUGUCAUGAAAGGGAAGGGGCAUAGCCAUUAUCACAUAAAGCCAGGGUGAAUAGCAAUUUCACAACUAUGGUGUCAGGAAUAUAUGUUUGUAUUCCUGACACUAUAGUGUUCCUUUAAGCAAAUUAAAGGACAUUUCUGGUCACCAUAACAACUUCACCUAAAUGAAAAUGCUAUGAUGCCAGGAAGCCCCUGGGUGCUCGCUUUCCUUUAAGGGUUAAAUCGCUCUCAAAUGGUUUAACCCCAAAGGCUUCCUCCAGCUCCAGGUCGCUCAGUGGUAUUUGGCUUCUGAAACAGAGUGUCAGGAAGUGCAGAUUGGCGUCAGGCAUGGGUGCCGCUGAUUGGCUAGAGUGGUCAGUUGACGCUCUAAGCCAAUCGCUAGUUCCCGGUUCAUAAAAUAUUUUUACUUUUUUAUGAAUGGGGAGCUACUGAUUGGCUUAGAGUGCCAGCGGACCGCUCUAGCCAAUCAGCAACACCCCUACCCAACGGCACUCUGUGCUUCCUGACACUCAGUAAAUAAAAGUGAACACAUUAAUACUGAUAUUUUUUUACCUUUGGAGAUGAGAAGGUCCAGCAUUUCCCUGCCUGGCCCAGGUAGCAAAGCCUUAUGAUGUGGUGUCCAGAAUAAAGUGGAGGGUUCACUUCAUUUGUCCUUCCUGCUCCAAUCUCCUUUUCCUCUCCUUCAUUUGACAGUCUUUUUUUUUCUUCUAACACUGUUUUCUAUCCUUGGCCCCUUCUGCUCUUUUACCUUUCUGCUACUUUCUGCUUAUUUUGCGCCCUUCUGCUCCUUUCUCAUUCUUAUCCCUUUCUGUUCCUUGCAGACCCUUUCUGCUUCCUUUUCUACUUUACCUUUGUGCGCCUUGCUGUCCCUUUCUGCUCUUUCUCCUACUUUACCUUUGUGCUCCUUGCUGUCCCUUUGUGCUCCUUUCUGCUCCUUCCUGCCCCUUCCUGCUCAUUCUCCUACUUUAUGUUUGUGCUCCUUCUGCCCCUUCCAGCUCAUUUCUGACCCUUUCUGCUCCUUCAACUUUACCUUUGUGCUGCUUUACCUUCCAGCUCCUUGCUGACCCUUCCUGUUCAUUUCUAUAUAUCUAUAGACUGCUGCCCCCCCAAAUCUAUAGGCUGCUGCCCCCUCCCCAAAUCUAUGGGCUGCUGCCCCCCUCCCCAAGUCUAUGGGCUGCUGCCCCCCUCCCCAAAUCUAUAGGCUGCUGCCCCCCCCCCAAAUCUAAAGGCUGCUGCCCCCAAAUCUAAUGGCUGCUCUCCCCAAAUCUAAUGGCUGCUCUCCCCCCAAAUCUAAAUGGGCUGCUGCCCUCCCCAAAUCUAUGGGCUGCUGCCCCCCAAUCUAUGGGCUGCUGCCCCCAAAUCUAAAGGCUGCUGCCCCCCAAAUCUAAAGGCUACUGAUCCUCCCCCAAAUCUAUGGGCUGCUGCCCCCAAAUAUAUGGGGCUGCCCCAAAUCUAUCUGCUGCUGUCCCCCCCCAAAUCUAUAGACUGCUGCCCCCCUCUCAAACCCUCCCCCCAUCCCUCACUUACCUGAUCUGUAGGCUGUCUCUGGCUGCAUGUGUUGCUCCCCUGGGGUUUCAAUCAGCAGAGAGAAGCAGGGAUAAUAUGCAGCUUCCUAUCCCUGUCUCUCUCCAUACACUGGCCGGCGCCGGUAUUGCAGUUCAUUUUAAAUCUCACACGAAAAAUAUCAGAACAAGCUGAAAAAUCCAGGGGGGGGGGGGGGCAAGUGCCCCCCCCUGCGGACGCCCAUGGAUGUAGAAUCUAUCCCAGGACCAUGUGAUCUGAACGUUUCUCUUUUUGCUGACUUUGACAAACCCUACGUUGGUCAUUAGUGAUGUCCUGAAUGGUUCGCCGCAGACUUAUCAUUUAGUUCUUUGACCCUGUACCUCACAGUCAGCAGACACAUUCCAGCCAAUCAGCAGCAGACCCUCCCUCCCAGACAGCAUCCAUUUUACAUUCAUUGUGAAGCUGCAUUCUUAGUGAGCUGUCCAUGAGGUGGGAGGGUCUGGGAGGGAGGGUCUGCUGCUGAUUGGCUGAAAUGUGUCUGCUGACUGUGAGGUACAGGGUCAAAGUUUACUCAAUGAUGAGUCCGCGGCGAACGGUUCGGGACAUCACUAUUGGUCAUAGCUACUACAAAUAUUUGUGGAUGAGCUUUUCAAAUUAUUUCAUAUUUUUGGGGAUAAUAUUUUACAAUUUUUUUUUCUUAAAAAUAUUAAAAUACCAAAAAAAUCUAUAUAUAAAAAUGUAAGUAUUAAAUAAUGUUAAAAGUGUAUUCAAAAAUAUUUCAAAGUGUAUUCAAAAAUAUUAAAUGGAGGCCUUUAUUAGGAGUACCAGUCAUUUCUUGUUUAUGUUUAUGAAUGGAUAUCCAUUCAGACUCCUAAAUUGUUUCUUUGACUUCUAAAAAUAUUUGUCAGGCCCUGCUUUAGUGUUUGUCUAUACCCCAGUAAAUCAGCAGUCUGGUGUCUGUACAAAAACAUUUACUUAAUUUGUGACUUUUUGUAUAUUUUGGCAUAUUUUAUUGAUUUAUCCAGUUUGUUGACAUCCUUGAUUCAAUGCAUCUCUAUGAGGAUAGGCUGACUGGCGCUUUGCAGCGUGUUUGCAUUCACUUCCCCAGUGCUUUACCAUAGGAAAGCAUUUAUUAUAUAUAUUUUUUUACUUAUUUAACAGGUGCAGGGGGAUCUGGUCACCGAAAGUGUUUUUAACGCUACAGGGUCAGGAAUACACAUUUGUAUUUCUGACCCCAAUAAGCUCACAUACCAGAGAUAACAUAUUUAUUAUUAAAACUGCAGUCUGCGUUAUGUGUUUUUUGACAGGUAUGAUCACCUGGUGGCAAUUGAACGGGCAGGGCGUGCAAGUGAUGGCAAUUACUACAACGCCAGGAAAAUAAACAUAAAACACUUGGUAGAUCCCAUUGAUAACCUCUUCCUAAUGGCCCAACAAAUUAGUGGAGUCAAUACAACUGGUGAGUAUCUAAAACAGUGUUGCUGAAUUCACAUCUGUAAAAGUUUGAGAUUUCCGCAUUUUGAGAUAUAGUCCUCUGUUGAUAUGGAUUACUGUUCCCAUAUUUUAUGUAUAUUUUAUCAUCUUUCUCUCAAUCACAAAACCUGUGCAACAAUCACUCCCAAUAGCAGUUCUAUGUAGUGGAGUGAAAUCUUUAUGUAGAAGCCUUGUACCCCAAAUCAACAUGUUGACAGUGAAUUCCUUUCCACAUUUAUAUCAGGGGUGAUAAGGUAGACACUCUGCAUAUUUCCUUUUUAAACUCUAAGAAAAUUAAAAAUGCCUUGCUUUGUUUAGGUAUCGGUGACGGUGGGAAUGAGCUUGGGAUGGGCAAAGUAAAGCAAGCAGUGAAGAAAUACAUUAACAAUGGAGAUACCAUUGCCUGUGAUGUUGCUGCAGACUACGCCAUUAUAGCAGGUAAGUCUAAGCACAUAGCAAACCAAAGCCUGUUGGUGGUGACUGUUCCUUAUUGCUCCUAGUUUCUUUACCAACUGUCUGAAGAUUGGUAGUUGAAAGAAAAUGAUCAUGAGAAAUUAACAGUUGAUAUGUUGUAGGAAAAAAUAAAUUUUCUACCUGGCAAAGUUCUAUUAGACUUAGCCCUUUAGUUUAAAAAAUAUUGGUGGUUAUGUGUAAAAAUUGUUGCAUUGAGUUUUGUACACCUUCACCAGGUUUUAUGUGUAAACUCUUACUCCAACCAUAUAUGUUGAUGCCUCCCCACCCCUCCAUUUCUGUAGUGUGCCAAUUUUUUAUUCUGGUUUAGAAUUUAGAAUUUUUUGAAUUUCUUCUUUUAUUGAUGAUUUUAUUAGGAAUAAAAAGAUGCAUUUGCAGUUUGAAGAAAGUUUUUUUUAUACAUUAAAGGAACACUGUAGGUAUCAUAACUACAUCAACAGACUAAGGGAUUAUGGUGCUAGGAGUAUGUCAGAAGUAGUUCCUGCAUCACUUUUGGAGUAAAAUAUCUAGCAGAAAUGCUCAGACCCCAGCAGUUUUGCCUCCAUGUUGAUAUCUGAUUGUAUCUAUGUGUCUGUACAUCUGUGUCAGUAUUUGUUUCUGUGGUUCUGGAUCAGUGUUUGUAUCUGUACAUCUGUAUGUGUGUCAGUAUGUCUGUUAAUGUUUGUAUCUUGUACAUCUACAUGUGCCAGUGUUUGUAUUUGUGUGUCUGUACAUCUGUGUAAGGGUUUGUAUCUGUGUGUCUGCACAUCUCUAUAGUUGUCAGUGUUUUUAAUCUGUGUCUCUGUACAUCUGUGUCAAGUUGUGUUUCUGUAUGUGCCUUAGUGUUUGUAUCUGCGCAUCUGUUUGUGUGUUAGUUUGUAUUUGUGCAUCUGUAUGUGUGUGCUAGAUUGUAUAUCUGUGUGUGUGUGUGUGUGUGUGUGUGUAGAUCAUCUGUAUGGGUUGUGAGGAUAUUUAUGGAGUAAUAAAUAUAAAAAAAUAUUUUAUAAAAAUUAUCAAAAAUGAAUUUAAUUUUUAUUAAUAUUAACAAAAAUUAUAUUUUGGCACCGUUUCCCCUUGAUUGAUUUAAAGCAAAGCGUUAGCCAUUAUUUUAAUUCUUAUAGACCCCUGAGUAAGUUUAUCAGAGGAUUUGUAUUUCACACAUUAAUCACAACUGGUAAUACAAAUAUAAUUUAUUGUGACAAAUAAUUAAUAAUAAUAUGUAACAUACAUGACAUCAUCACUGAAUAUGUAGGUAUACAAUAAGUAUAAGAUAUGGCAACAGUUAUGACACAAUUAAAGAUGGCCUAAUAGAAACAAUAUCCAGCAACAUGAAUAUAUUAACUCCUAAAGGAGUUACAUGCAAACUUACAAAUAAUUCCUCUAGAAUUGUAUUAACAGUUAUAUCCACAUAUAUGCAUUUUUAGCAAGACUACAGGAAACUUUUAGCUUUAGAAAUACUUUUACACAGACCGUAAUACAAUUAAUGUCGUAAAAAUCUUAGAUGCUAUUAGUUUGAAUCACAGUGAAUAAACUCACUGCUGGCUACAAUUCUGACAGGCUAAACACUAUAAUAUUGCAACUAAAAAGAUACAAUAUUUUUACACAAAUAGUCAAUUUAACUAUUCCUUCCAUCCAGUGACCAAAAAAUAAUAUUUUAACCAUGUUUUUAACACAGCAGAUGAUUAACUUUUCUGAUUAAAGAUUUGCUAUCCCUAAAUUCAGAUUGCCAGUAAAUAUAUUAUUCAUUUAUUCCACCUGCAGAUGGAAUAUGGAACCAUAUAUUUCUCAGCUAAAUAUGAUUUAAAAGUUUUUAGUAAAAAUUUAUUAACUUUAAUUAAAUUAAACCAGCUUAAUUACCAACUUUCUUGGUGGAAAUUCUUUAGGUUUGGAGAUAUAUUCCAUGAAUGGUGUGUGCAAGUAUGUGUUUAGAAAGAGAAAGGUGGAAAUAUAGAGGAGUUCUGGAAGAUUUCUAAGUCAGAUUUCUGACUUGGCUAACAAAUAACUUUGUAUGAAAAGGAGCAGAGUACAUCUGUGUCAGUGUUUAUCUGUGUGUCUGUACAUAUGCAUGUGUUUAUCCAUGUUUGCAUCUGUGUGUCUGUACAUCUGCAUCAGUACGUCUGUAUGAGUGUCAGUGUUUGUAUCUGUGCAUCUGUAUGUGUGUCAGUGUUUGUAUCUGUGUCUGUACAGCUGCAUUUGUUUAUCCAUAUUUGCAUCUGUGUCAAUGGUUGUAUCUGUGUGUCUGUACGACUGCCUGUUUUGAUAUUGUUUGCAUCUGUGUGUCCGUGUUUGUAUCUGUACAUCUGCGUCAGUGUUUGUAUAUGUGAUGCAGUAUGAGUGUCAGUGUUUGUAUCUGUGUGUCUGUAUGAGUGUCAGUGUUUGUGUCUCUACAUCUGCAUGUGUUUAUCCAUGUUUGCAUCUGUGUGUCUGUACAUCUGCAUCAUACGUCUGUAUGAGUGUCAGUGUUUCUAUCUGUGCAUCUGUGUGUCCGUGUUUGUAUCUGUACAUCUGCGUCAGUGUUUGUAUCUGUGAUGCAGUAUGAGUGCAUUUGUGUGCCAAUGUCUGUACAUCUGCAUGUGUUUAUCCAUGUUUGCUUCUGUGUGUCUAUACAUCUGCAUCAGUACGUCUGUAUGAGUGUCAGUGUUUCUAUCUGUGCAUCUGUAUGUGUGUCAGUGUUUGUAUAUGUGUCUGUACAGCCUCAUGUGUUUAUCCAUAUUUGCAUCUGUGUCAAUGGUUGUAUCUGUGUGUCUGUAUGACUGCCUGUUUGUCAGUGUUUGCAUCUGUGUGUCCGUGUUUGUAUCUGUACAUCUGCGUCAGUGUUUGCAUCUGUGAUGCAGUAUGAGUGUCAGUGUUUGUAUCUGUGUGUCUGUGUGAGUGUCAGUGUUUGUAUCUGUGCAUUUGUGUGCCAGUGUCUGUACAUCUGCAUGUGUUUAUCCAUGUUUGCAUCUGUGUGUCUGUACAUCUGCAUCAGUACGUCUGUAUGAGUGUCAGUGUUUCUAUCUGUGCAUCUGUAUGUGUGUCAGUGUUUGUAUAUGUGUGUCUGUACAGCUGCAUGUGUUUAUCCAUGUUUGCAUCUAUGUGUCUGUACAUCUGUAUCAGUGUUUGUAUCUGGGUGUCUAAAAAUCUGUAUGUUUCAAUGUUUGUAUCCGUGGGUCUGCAUCAGUGUUUCUGAACCACUGUAUCUGUGUGUCUGUACAUCUGUAUGUGUGUCAGUGUUUGCAUCUGUGUGUCUGUACAUCUUUAUGUGUCAGUGUUUGCAUCUGUGUGUCAGUACAUCUGCGUCAGUGUUUGUAUCAUACAGAUUUUCAGACACACAGAUACAAACACUGACACAGAUGUACAGACACAUAGAUGCAAACAUGUAUAAACACAUGCAGAUACAACUAUUGACACAGAUGUACAGAUAUAUAGAUGCAAAUAUUGUAUCUGUGUGUCUGUAUAUCUCUGUACAUCUGUGUCAAUAGUUGUAUCUGUACAUUAUCCAUGUUUGCAUCUGUGUGUCUGUACAUCUGUGUCAGUGUUUGCAUCUGCGUCAAUCUUUGCAUCUAUGUGUCUGUACAUCUGUAUCAGUGUUUGUAUCUGUGUGUCUGAAAAUCUGUGUGUUUCAAUGUUUGUAUCUGUGUUUCUGAACCACUGCAUCAGUGUUUGUAUCUGUGUGUCAGGGUUUGUACAUCUGUAUGAGUGUCAGUGUUUGUAUCUGUGUCUGUACAUCUGUGUCAGUGUUUUUAUAUGUGUGUCAGUGUUUGUAUCUGUGCUUCUGUAUGUGUAUCAAUGUUUGUAUAUGUGUGACUGUACAUCUGCAUGUGGGUCUGUCCAUCUGUGUCAGUUUUUGUAUCUGUAUGUCUGUAUGAGUGUCAGUGUUUGUAUCUGUACAUGUGCGGCAGUGUUUGUAUCUGUGUGUCUAUACGUCUGUAUGAGUGUCAGUGUCUGUACAUCUGCGUAUGUUUAUCCAUGUUUGCAUUUGUGCCAGUGUUUGUAUCUGUACAUCUGUGUCAAACACUGACACAAAUGCAAACAUGGAUAAACACAUGCAGAUGUACAGACACUGACACUCAUACAGACACACAGAUACAAACACUGACACAGAUGUACAAAUACAAACACUGACACCCAUGCAGAUGUAGACACACAGAUGCAAAUGUACAGAUGCAAACACAGAUACACUGACACACACACAGACUUACAGAUACAAAAACUGACAGAUGUACAGACACAUACAGAUGCAAACACUGACACACAUGCAGAUGUACCGACACACAUAUACAAACAUUGAUACACAUAAAGAAGCACAGAUACAAACACUGACACACAGACACAAACACUGACACUCAUACAGACGUACAUAAACACAUAUACUAACACUGACGCAGAUGUAAAGACACAGAUACAAACACUGACAUGCAUACCGAUGUACAGACACACAGAUACUGACACAGAUGUACUAACACAUGCAGAUGUACAGACACAGAUUCAAACACUGACACACAUACAGAGGCACAUAUACAAACACUGACUCACACACAUACAGACUUACAGAAACACAGAUAUAAACACUGAGGCAGAUGUACAGACACAGAUACAAACCCUGAAAAACAUGCAAAUGUACUGACACUCAUACAGAUGUACUGACACACAUACAGAGGAACAUAUAAAAACACUGACACACAUACAGAAACAGCUAUAAACACUGACACAGAUGUACAGAUUCAAACACGGAGGCAGAUGUACAGACACAAAGAUACAAACACUGAAAAACAUGCAAAUGUACGGACACUCAGACACACAGAUACAAACACUGACACAGAUGUACAGACCCAAACAAUGACACACAUGCAGAUGUACAGAAACACAGAUGUAGAUGUACAGGGAGUGCAGAAUUAUUAGGCAAAUGAGUAUUUUGACCACAUCAUCCUCUUUAUGCAUGUUGUCUUACUCCAAGCUGUAUAGGCUCGAAAGCCUACUACCAAUUAAGCAUAUUAGGUGAUGUGCAUCUCUGUAAUGAGAAGGGGUGUGGUCUAAUGACAUCAACACCCUAUAUCAGGUGUGCAUAAUUAUUAGGCAACUUCCUUUCCUUUGGCAAAAUGGGUCAAAAGAAGGACUUGACAGGCUCAGAAAAGUCAAAAUAGUGAGAUAUCUUGCAGAGGGAUGCAGCACUCUUAAAAUUGCAAAGCUUCUGAAGCGUGAUCAUCGAACAAUCAAGCGUUUCAUUCAAAAUAGUCAACAGGGUCGCAAGAAGCGUUUGGAAAAACCAAGGCGCAAAAUAACUGCCCAUGAACUGAGAAAAGUCAAGCGUGCAGCUGCCGCGAUGCCACUUGCCACCAGUUUGGCCAUAUUUCAGAGCUGCAACAUCACUGGAGUGCCCAAAAGCACAAGGUGUGCAAUACUCAGAGACAUGGCCAAGGUAAGAAAGGCUGAAAGGCGACCACCACUGAACAAGACACACAAGCUGAAACGUCAAGACUGGGCCAAGAAAUAUCUCAAGACUGAUUUUUCUAAGGUUUAUGGACUGAUGAAAUGAGAGUGAGUCUUGAUGGGCCAGAUGGAUGGGCCCGUGGCUGGAUUGGUAAAGGGCAGAGAGCUCCAGUCCGACUCAGACGCCAGCAAGGUGGAGGUGGAGUACUGGUUUGGGCUGGUAUCAUCAAAGAUGAGCUUGUGGGGCCUUUUCGGGUUGAGGAUGGAGUCAAGCUCAACUCCCAGUCCUACUGCCAGUUCCUGGAAGACACCUUCUUCAAGCAGUGGUACAGGAAGAAGUCUGCAUCCUUCAAGAAAAAUAUGAUUUUCAUGCAGGACAAUGCUCCAUCACACGCGUCCAAGUACUCCACAGCGUGGCUGGCAAGAAAGGGUAUAAAAGAAGAAAAUCUAAUGACAUGGCCUCCUUGUUCACCUGAUCUGAACCCCAUUGAGAACCUGUGGUCCAUCAUCAAAUGUGAGAUUUACAAGGAGGGAAAACAGUACACCUCUCUGAACAGUGUCUGGGAGGCUGUGGUUGCUGCUGCACGCAAUGUUGAUGGUGAACAGAUCAAAACACUGACAGAAUCCAUGGAUGGCAGGCUUUUGAGUGUCCUUGCAAAGAAAGGUGGCUAUAUUGGUCACUGAUUUGUUUUUGUUUUGUUUUUGAAUGUCAGAAAUGUAUAUUUGUGAAUGUUGAGAUGUUAUAUUGGUUUCACUGGUAAUAAUAAAUAAUUGAAAUGGGUAUAUAUUUGUUUUUGUUAAGUUGCCUAAUAAUUAUGCACAGUAAUAGUCACCUGCACACACAGAUAUCCCCCUAACAUAGCUAAAACUAAAAACAAACUAAAAACUACUUCCAAAAAUAUUCAGCUUUGAUAUUAAUGAGUUUUUUGGGUUCAUUGAGAACAUGGUUGUUGUUCAAUAAUAAAAUUAAUCCUCAAAAAUACAACUUGCCUAAUAAUUCUGCACUCCCUGUACAGACCCACAUAUACAAACAUUGAUACACAGAGGAAUAGAUACACACACUGACACACAGAUAUAAACACUGACACAGAUGUACAGAUUCAAACACUGAGGCAGAUGUACAGACAUAGAGAUACAAACACUGAAACACAUGCAAAUGCACUGACACUCAGAGACAUAAAGACACACAGAUACAAACACUGACGCAGAUGUACAGACACACAGAUGCAAACAUCUAUACACGACGCACAUGCAGAUGUAUGGAAUCACAUAUACAAACACUGACACAGAUGUACAGACACACAGAUGUAGAGACACACAGAUACAAACACUGACACACAUAUAGAUGUACAGACACAGACACCCAUGCAGAUGUACAGACACACAGAUACAGCCAUUGACACAGAUGUACAGACAAACAUGGAUAAACACAUGCAAACAAUGACACAGAUACAAACACUGUGUCAUUGUUUGUACCUGUGUGUCUACGUCUGUAUGUGUAUCUGCAUGGGUGUCAAUGUUUGUAUCUCUGCGUCUGUACAUUUGCAUGUGUUUAUCCAUGUUUGUCUGUACAUAUGUGUCAAUGUUUGUAUCUGUGUGUCUGUACAUCUGUAUGGGUGUCUGUACAUCUAUAUGUGUGUCAGUGUUUGUAUCUGUACAUCUGCAUCAGUGUUUGCAUCUGUGCGUCUGUACAUCUGCAUGUGUGUCUGUGCAUCUGUAUGUGUGUCAGUGUUUGAAUCUGUGUGUCUGUACAUCUAUGCAUGUGUCGUUGUUUGCACCUGUGUGUCUGUACAUCAUACGUGUGUUGUUUGCAUCUGUGUGUCUGUACAUCAUACGUGUGUUGUUUGCAUCUGUGUGUCUGUACAUCAUACGUGUGUUGUUUGCAUCUGUGUGUCUGUACAUCUAUAUGUGUGUCUGUACAUCUAUACGUGUGUCAGUACAUCUGCAUGGGUGUCAGUGUUUGUAUCUGUGUGUCUUUACAUCUAUACGUGUGUCAGUGUUUGCAUCUGUGUCUCUUUACAUCUAUACGUGUGUCAGUGUUUGCAUCUGUGUGUCUGUACAUCUAUACGUGUGUCAGUGUUUGUAUCUGUGUGUCUGUACAUCUAUACGUGUGUCAGUGUUUGUAUCUGUGUGUCUGUACAUCUUCAUGAGUAUCAGUGUUUGUAUCUGUCAAUGUUUGUAUCUGUGUGACUGUACAUCUGCCAAAGUUUGUAUAUGUGUGCCUGUACAUCUGCGUGUGUCAAUGUUUGUAUAUGUGUGCCUGUACAUCUGCGUGUGUCAGUGUUUAUAUAUGUGUGCCUGUACAUCUGCAUGUAUCAAUGUUUGUAUAUGUGUGCCUGUACAUCUGCAUGUGUGUCAGGGAUUGUAUAUGUGUUUCUGUACAUCUGUGUUAGUGUUUGUAUCUGCGUGUCUGAACAUCUUUUGUCGUUGUUUACAUCUGUGUGUCUUUACAUCAGCAUGGGUGUUAGUGUUUGUAUCUGCACAUCUUUUGUCAUUGUUUGCAUCUGUCAGUUUGUACCUGUGUGUCUACAUCUGUAUGUGUGUCAGUUUGCGUAUCUGAGCGUCAGUCUUUGUAUCUUUGUUUUUGCAUGUGUGUCAAUGUUUAUAUCUGUGUGUCUGUACAUCUUUGUUGGUGUUUGUAUCUGUAUGUCUGUACAUCUGCGUCAGUACAUAGAGAUGUACAGACAGACAGAUACAGUCACACAUAUACAAACAUUGACCCGCAUACAGUUAUACAGACACACAGAUACAAACACUGUAUGACCUGUGUCAGUGUUUGUAGCGGAGAGCUGCUAUUACACAGGUUAUCUCCACUUAACAUCCCAGUAAGGCUCAGGAACAAGUAUUAGAAAUCCAUAAGGCAAUAAUUCCAGCAAGCAAAACAAUCCAACAAUAUCCCAACAUCAAUCCCAAUGACUGGACGACACACAGCAUCAGGCGCAGAACUGAACUUUUAAUCACACAAAUUCCUUAUAAAGGAUUCUCCCAUGCAAGGGAAGGAUUUACAAUAAUUGGUACAGUGGCCAAUAGUACAGUAGUUACCUCCCAUACAUCUCCUCCCCUCAGUGUGACACAUAAUCCACUUAUACAUGCUACAGUUUUACCCGUUUUCUGGAUGUACCCUAAAACAGUCCGGUACAAUUGUCUAAGUGGCACCCCCUGAUAGCCCUGAUCUGGGUGACCAACAUAUUCAAAAUUCACCCAGAUCGGACCAGGGGUUCGGGAGUUAGGUGGAAGAGACAAUUUGACCGACCGCACAUGAGGUGGUAGCCGAAAAGGGUUCCAUGUGUUUUGGCCCUGUGGUCGGUCUCCGUUCGGGAGAUAAAAUACCCAUAAAUCCUUGCCAUCCACUAUUAAAUCGGUAUUCGUCUGAAUACCCUUGUUCGGUACUUUUAAUUCACCGAACGAGGGGCUGGUUGGCCCCUCCAUUCGGGAGUUACGGAGCUCUGGAGGUCUCAGCGGUGUUCGGGUAUUUGAGUGUCCGAUUUGAGUUCCAGACACUCGACGACCAAACACCGGUGAGGUUUCGUGCGUAAGUUGGCCGCCGCCAUGUGUUCGUAUGCUGAACGGAGGCCACCCAGAUACAUCUGUAAAGUACCGACUGCACCAAUUAACUUGUGCCUGAAUUCCUCUCUCCCCCGAAUCCCGUUAUAAAUGAAGUGUCCUUACUAUUAAUUGGCGAUUAAGUGGGUGUUCCUCCUUUUUACUCAAAUAUUCAAUCAGUAUUUACCAAUGUUUUCUCCUUGCACACAUUUUUCAACAGCUUUGAAUCCUAAUGUUUCUUCAUUCAUACUCCUGCCGGUUUUUCAUGCACUUCCGAGCGUUCCAGCAACGUCACUUUCGCUUUUGCCUUCCACCCACAUCAGAUGUGCAUUCCACGGACGCCAGUGUCCAUACUCUAACUGUGGCUCUCAUAUGCACUUAAAGUCCACUAAGGAAAAAUGUAUUAGACGUCAAAAUAUCACUUGUAGCUUCUAUUCAUUUUGGAGUCACAACCCACACCACAUAAUAAUCGUGACAGAAUUAAAGACCAGAAACUAGCCACGAUCAUUUCAAUAUAUUUCAAACAGUACACCUUGAAAUAAAGUGCCAUUGAGUGCGAUAUAUUCAAGUGUCAUGGUUCAUAUAAAGUGCUUAGACAAAUAAUGGUUACAUAUACACGUUUCCAAUUCAGAACAUAUACAGAUAUAAACUAUAUCAAGCAGCUUUAUCUAUACUUAAUGAAAAUAUAAUACUAAUGAUAUAACCAAUGAAACAGUGAAUAGUGAAAACUACAUAUUAAAAAGGUGUGUCUGUACAUUUGCGUGUCUGUAUCUGCAUGUCAGUAUGUAUCCGUGUUUCUGUAUGUUUGUCAAUGUUUGUUUUUAUGUUUCUGUACAUCUGGAUGUGUGUCAAUGUAUGUUUGUCAGUAUGUGUAUCUGGAUGUGUGUCAGUUUGUGUAUCUGUGUAUGUGUGCCAGUUUGUAUCUGUACAUCUGCAUGUGUGUCAGUAUCUGUAUGUUGCAAUGUUUGUAUGUGUGUCUACGUAUAAGCGAGUGUAUCUGUGUGAGUGUGUCUGUACAUUGUAUGGGUGUAUCAUUGUGUCUCUGCAACUGUACGUGUGUCAAUGUUUGUGCCUUUGUGUGAUAUUGUGUUUGUAUCUGUGUAUACUAUGUUUGUCAGUGUCUAUCUUUAGGUGUCAGUGUUUUUAUCUAUGUAUCUGAAUGUGUGUAUCUCUGUAUCUGCAUGUGUGUCAGUAUUUCUGUCUUCACUGUGAGAAUCAGGGAGAGCCUGGGGCAGUGGAGAUUCAGCAGGGGCCUGGGGCAGAGGAGGAGCAGCUAGAGUCUGGGGCAGAGGAGAAGCAGGGGCCACCUGGGGUAGAGGAGAAGCAAGGGAAGCCUGAGGCAGCGAUAAAGGGGAGAUGGGGCAAAGAAAGAAUUGAAAUAACAGCAACUAUAUUAAUAACAAACAUUUUGCUAAUAUGAGGGGCACAUUUUAUGAAACUGGGAUGCCAAGGGGCUCACAAGUGAAAAAAGGUUGGAAACAAAUGCACUAGGGUAAUAUACAGUUCUUCGAAGAAAAGUACAGAUAUGCAACAGUAACUAAAAAUUACAUUUCAACAUUCUUGGUGAAAUACUGGGUGGUCUAGUGGGAGAUUCCAUGACCAAGCCCAAUUCCUUUUCCCUUACUCUUAAUCUGCUUCUCCUCCACUGAUAGUUACUCAAACUGGUAAGUUCCAGAUUUGAGAACAGAUGUUUUUCCCAGAAUAAACCUUUACAACAUUUUCUAAAUCCUGACUGCCUUUUUAUUUAACUCACUUGUAAUUCAGAGUCCUCAAACAUAAUUUGCCUAUAGUUUACCUUAUGCCGAAACUAUUGCAAUAACUGCGCGCUAUGGAAGGGUUAAUUGUAUUCUAGGGACUUUUUGAAAGACCUGUUUAACUAGUUCAGGUCUCAGAACAUCAAAGGGUUACAUAGGUACCCAAACAAAUAGUCAGUCAUUAAGGCUAGUGAACCAAGAGAAAUGUAAUGUAACUGGGAGGACCGGUUUAACUUUUCAAGUAGCUUUUUUGUGUUUUUUCCUCUUAUCUGUCUCUGCCAUUAAGCAGCUACACUCCUGCUAUUUUCUUAUUACACAGUUAAUGUGAAGUCGUUCUCUUUUAGGUGUGUCUAACUGGGGAGGCUAUGCCUUGGCUUGUGCAUUGUACCUCUUGAAUACCUGUGAAAUCCAUGAGCGCUAUCUUAGGAAGGCUGUCGGAUACCCCAAAUUUUCAAAGGGAGAUACCUGGGCAUCUGCUCUUCCAUCUGUUCACAAGGUAAAUGUCUUUCUCUAUAUGUGAGGGAUUUUUUUUCCAUUUGGUUUUAUGGUUGGUUUUACACUACAUAAAAAAAGCAAACUGGUUACAGUAUGGAGUGGGAGUAUCCGCUACCCUGAAAUGGCAUGUACAACACAGUAUAUUGGUGCAUACAGUGUCUGACUUCUGUCUAGCAACUGCAUACAUGUGCAGCUCAAGUGGUUUAAUUCUUUUUUUAAAAAGUUAAUAUUCUAAGCAAGCUAAUUGAAGGUGGGGUUAAGUAGUUAGGAGAGUGUGCAUGUUGCCUUCUGGAGCUCAACCAUGACCUACCCAAUUAUAAAAAUACAGGCAGUGUUGGAAAGCAGAGAAAGCAAUGUGCAUAUUGAUCUCCCUGCAUUGGGCUUUUUCCUCAUACUUCUAUCCACACUAACGCAAAUGGCAAGCAAUGCCGGUGGAUGUCUGCAUUGAGGAUGGGUGUGAGGAGAUAUAUACACAAGUAAGGAUAUAAAUAUACAUAGAUAGGAGAUUCUACCUAGAUCAGGAUAAUUUAUCACAGGAUAAUUUUUGUUCUGUGAAGUAAUUAUAAAGAGUGAGAGGGAUACAGACAAAAUGCUGAUAUAUUAAUUGAACAUCUACAAAUCUCAAAAGAAUGCCAUAGGGUCAGGAACACAAACAUGUCCCUAUAGUAUUAAAACCACCAUUGAGAUGGCCUGGCCCCUUAGAAAGGGUUAAACGUACCUUAUUUUCUGCUCUCCACAGGUGUGCAAGUGCUGGCCCUGUCCCGAUCCACUUCUUCGGAUGACAUCAUCAGGAUUGAUGAUUUCAGCCAAUCCAAUGCUUUCCUAUUGGAGGCGGGGCAGGACCAAAUACCACCUGGCCAAAUAGCAUUUCCUCAGAGAUGCAUUGAUUCAGUGCACCUCUAUGAGAUAAGUUCAGCGUCUCCAUGCAGAGCGUGGAGACGCUGAACGGCAGUGGUUCACACUGUGCAGCACUGCCCCAGGAAGUACCUCUAAUAGCCAUCUGAGGAGUGACCACUAGCGGUGUCCCUAGGCUUUACUGUAAACACUGACUUUUCUCUGAAAAUGCAGUGUUUACAUUAAAAAGUCUGCAGGGACGGACUAUACUCAUCAGAACAACUACAAUGAGCUGUAGUUGUUCUGGUGACCAUAGUGUCCCUUUUAACAUUUGGCUUGUUAAUAUUUAUGCUGUCUUUGUAACCUGCAUUGAUACCUAGCAGACACCAGGUAAGAAAUCAAACUUUCUAAAACUGUUAAACUAUUUACAAAAAGGGUGGACCCAGGCACUCCGUUCACUAUAACCACUACAGCUCACUAUAUUACAGUAAACAUAAAUCCAAAAAAAAAAAAAUCUGUCAAUAUACUUUUAAGUAAAAAUCCAUAUCAGUUUUUAUGUAAUUGAACUGUAGAUUUUGCUAUCUUUAGUGUACCUAUUAUCUUAAUUUUACAAAUGACAAAAGGCAACUAUUUUGCUUAAGUAUUUCUUUAUUGAACUACACAGCAGCACAACUUACCCAAGAUAGGUAACCAAUCAAAAACAAGAGAAGUUAAUAUAAGACCUGUGCUCGACACGCACCUUCUCUAGUUGCGGAUAAUGACAAAUUCCAAACAUUAACAAAACAUAACUGAAACAAAGGCACCAAAGCAACAAUGUAGAAAAUCCUGAAAGAUCCUGGAAUGCACUAGCCCAUCAGGAAGUCUUCAGCAUAGAACUUGAAUCUGAAGAUCAAACUGAUGCAAAAGAAAAUACUUAAGAGACAAGGGCAAGUUGCAGAAAACAUUAACAUAUUCUACUAUAUAAUUUACAAACAUGUCCGCAAUAAAACACUUUAAGAAUCAUAUCAACAGUCACAGUACAUAAAUACAUGCAAACCAUGCAAAGAAAUACAUCCAAAGAACAACUCAAUAAAAGAACAUUAGCGAGGAACAAUAUUUGCCUCCUUUUAUUACUAAAAUUAAAAUUGUAGUUGCAUUAAAACUAGCAUAACCUAUUUUAUUACAUGACAUUAAGCUUCAUAUUUUGCUUUUACGCUCAAAGAAAAUUGAACAAAGAAAUGUUGAGGGGAAGAAUGAAAAUAAAAUCAUCAGAAAGUGUCCUCUCAAGACUCUUCCGCAGAAGAUUGCAGAGAAAGCUUGAGAGGCAGCCAAACCAAACGGGCAUUGAAAAAACGGUCAAUGCCCACCAAGGACAAAAGCCAACAAACCCACCGAGCUAAGGUAGUAUUUGAGACAGUUUUUUGCAGUCUUACAUACGAGGUAAGAAGCUGGCCUGACUGAGAAGAACAUAGAGACGUAAUCUCAAUGUAAUGGGUAAGCAUGGAAACGAUGCAAAUUUUUGUGACGUCUCAAAAAUAAGGAUAGAAGACAGAAGAGGAAUCUGAUUUGGCUUUAGGAGAAAAGGUGUCAAAGUCACGAACAUCCAACACCUAAAAGAGAUGAGACACAGAAGAAGGGUAAAUUUUGACGAAAGUGGACAAAGCGAGAUAUUUGUAUUCUCAAGUCAAUUACGCAUAAAAACCAAGAACAAAGUCAACAUCUUGUAAAUGAGAAUAUUUGGAGAACAGAGGAAGAAGACAGUUUUUCCAUAGAAACCAGCAAACCCAGGGAUCCCUGAACUCGAACAUGAGCAGCAGAAAUGGCCAGUUCCAUCAGUUAUGGAGCUGUAGGUUCUAACCAACAAAAAUCCAUGUGACAAAAAGUUCAGAAUGGGAACAGGGGCUGUAAAGGGAUAGCUGUUCCUAUCUAGGCGCCAACUACACCAGGAAUUCCAUGCAAAAAGAUAACACUGUCUAAUGUCAGGUGCCCAUGAAUCCCAUAGGAGUUCCUUAGCCGCUUGCGAUAAUCUGCCGCCAUUCCAAGUUCCAUAGAAACAGCAGUCCAAACCACCAACUGCAGGUACUCCUAUGAGGGAGUAUGAGGGCUCCCCCGAAGAUUGGUGAGGAGAAGCAAGAACAAUUUUACCUGGCAGGUAAAAUCUAGAAGGUCCGGGAACCACACCUAGUAGUUCGAUCAACACCAUGAACACUCCCUACGAUGGACUUGGUGAAGCAACCUUGUGAUCCUAGCAAACCGUAUAAGCUCAUUAAACAGACUAUUAUGCUUAACCUCAUCUACUGUUACACACACCGGAUCCAGAAUUGCGUUACAAAAUAUAGUCUAAAUAGACAAGGCAACCUUUAGCCCGUAAACGUGCCACUGCCAGUUUUAGAAGGUUUGAGAAGCAAACUCUUCCAUUUCAGAAAAAAAUGCAGAAAACCUAGGCAGAGAUGAUCCACAGGUAAAUUUGCGUGCUACAAAUUGAGAUUCGUGAACCAAUUGCUUAGCCAAAGCAGGUAGAGGAUGAGAUGGUGGAUAUCUUUUAUCUUGAAGUGUUGUUACAUGAUGAAGGCAUUGAGACAAGGAGGUUUAUAACUGGGCGGAAGUCUCCUGUUUUCUUUUAUACCAGAAAAUGUUGCUGAAAAAUCCUCCUCCAUCUGGCGAGAAUUGCACUGCACCCUUUGCAAACAGGGAUUAAAAUCUCAUUUUAUGUGGGGGACUGUUGAGCUAUAGGGUUCACAUGAGGUCGCGGUGGACAGUCCUGUACAGGAGUGGAAUGGAACUCUGUGGCAUACCUAUGCAUCAUCUGCACAACUCAAGCAUCUGAAGAAAGAUCUCAUCACAUGUGGAGAAAUUGAGACAAUCUGCCUGCCUGAAACAGACGGAAAGAACAAGGAUGAGGGCUCAGCUAUAGAUAGUCUGAUACAGUUUUGCCGACAUCGCUCACUACUAUGGAAAUGGAGACAUUUCAGGUAGUGUUGCUCAGGGAGAAAGUAACAGGGUAGUAUCCUCCUGAACUGGCAGGCCUGAAGAAGCUGCCAGCCAGCCCUGUCAAAUACACCAGGGAAGGUGUAGGACUACAUACCUCGACAUGGAGGUCUGAGCCUUGUUAGUGUAGUAAAAAGAUCCACGUGUUUCUGCAGCUCCUUGAUAACCCGUUCUCUAAAUAAGAGUCCCUUUGUCUGUCUCGAAUCUUUUGAACUAAGGUCAGAGAGUUUGGAGUCAAUCCUAAGCAGGAUUUCUUUUCUUUGUUCCGUAGGAAGUGCUAAAUUGGCACAAACAAACAAAAGGAGCAAAGUCCUCAGUCCCGGAUACAGCCAAGAGUUUGUCUUAAGCAAGGUUCAGGCCAUUUUUAAUGUCUUUCCUUGUAUCUUAGCACAUCGUGGAUAGUAAAAUGGAUGCAGCCAAAUAGAAUUUUGGUCUCUGUGUGAUCUUGUGUCGCAAGCAGGGUCUUGGGCAUUUUACCUGCCAAAGUUGCGGACCUCGUGGGCAAGAGAUGUUUGGAGCCAAAAGUGUACAAACUGUGCAAGAUGAUCCAGAAGUGACCAUUCUGAAGAGAAGAUAGAAGAUACCUUGGGUCAAAUAGGGGCUCAAGUUAUCAUCUAUGAACGCUGUCUCAUCCCUGCAGAGGCGGUGGCUGGAGUUCUCUCUCAGAAGCGGAACAAAGGGCCUGCUAUUCAUCUCGCACUGAGAACGGUGGUGUAGAUAAGGAGUCAUUCUAUGAAAGACAAGCCUGCGUAUUGUUAGACUCCGGUUCUUCCAUUCUCCUGCAGUGAUAGGCCAGGGCCUUUUCCUUCUGGUUACAAAUUGCGGGAUAUUUGCCUUUCCAGUAGUGUUUAGCAGACCUGGCCUGUUCUCUUGCUGAAGUGUCUGCAGUGCUCAGUGUCCAGGUCCAUCCUGGACAAGGAGGCUUUUUUGGGUUGUUUUUUUUUUUUCACUGAAGCAGACACUGACACUUUAAUGCUUGCAGGUUCUGUUCUGAGCAGGUGAAUCUCCCAUUGUUGCGUAUAGUUUCGGCAAUAACCAAGUGUCCCAAUGUGAAGGAACAGCAGCUAGUAUGGAUAUAGCUAUGUGAAAACAGGACUGUAUAAAAUACAGUUACAGUGCUCACACAGAUGCUAUAGAAGACACGGUCAGCUGGGGCAUAUAAUCCAUACUCAAGGUAAUUGGAGUCUUAGUGAAGUAAAUAACACAGCCAGAGCAGGCCAACUUAAGUAAAACUGUAUAAAAAGACCAUACAAUUAAAAGGCAAUUGGGAACAGCCACAAGGUGUAGGCAAGUAAUUUGGGUUCACCCCACCCCUGUCAACAUAAGCCAAUCAGAGCAAGGCCAAUCAAUACACUGUAAUAUUAGAUGUGGGCUCACUCAAAUAAUGGAUAACUAGCAGUCUGCACAGUGUAGUAUAACAAGAUAAUAUGGGGGCACACCCAAAUAGUUUUAGAAAGUGGUGGUUCUCCCCAUGUACAGGGAAAAAACAAGGUAGGCCUUUGCCACAUGCCAGACAGGGCUUUUAUAAAUCCCACAAUCACUGUAUAAUAAAUCUACCCCAUUCUGCUUACAUUAGAAAAUUAAACGUCGUACCCGAACAGUGACUAGAACAAGGGUCCUGCAAUGGAGCGCAAUCAGGAAGGAGCCCAAGGCAGAAAAAAACAAAGCAAAGGCCCUGGAGUCCUGGUAGAGCAAAGGAUCCAAUGGAAGGAAGCGUGAUUGUUUCAGAAAUGAUCAGACAAAAGAACAAGCAGGGUAAUUCAGCAAACGGUACAAGAGGAAUGGGAAAAUAUGAGACAAAAAAAACAGUUUGAGAGAGAAUUUGAGGGGAGAAAAGAGAAUUCAGCAAAAAAAUGUUUACAAUGAAAGCAAUAAAAUCAUAAGCAACCAACAAGGAAUUGUAGGAAGCAUUGACACUCUGUUGUGUGACACUCUUGACAUGUGCUGUUGAGGAGCAGCAAAGAAAGAAAAGAUGCUUUUUAAGGUAUUUUAUUAACUUCUCUUGUUUUUGAUUGGUUACAUAUCUUGGGUAAGUUGUGCUGCUGUGAAGUUCAGUAAAGAGAGCCUUAAGCAAAAUAUCUGGCCUUCUGUCAUAUAGUAAAAUUGUAUGUAUGCAUUGCAUAAACCUAUUAAGGAACCUUAGUUACAGUUUCAAAAAGAGAUACAGUGAUCAUGCAUAUCAUCACUUUAACCUGUUGCAAUUACUUUUAUAAGCGGGUAAAUAAAAAUGAAUUUUUUUCAAAAAACUGUUUGAAUAGAAUGUGGUCACCAAAAGUGAUGUGAUUUCAAUCUGAAGUUGACGUCUGUAAAAACAAUCUGAAAUGGAUAAAACAGUAUUAAAUCAUCAUCUUUCACAUUAAAUGGACACUAAGCACCAAAACCACUGCAUCCUUAUAGUACAUACAUCCUGUUCCUGCAGUUCGAUUAAAUGUAAGUCUUGCCGUUUGUAAGGAAAGGCAUUGUAUACAUUUUUCAGCCAGUAUGCCUCUAGUAGCAGUCAGACUGCAACUAGAGCACAGGUGCCUAAAAGAUAAAUCCCAAGAUGUUGUAGUACUACAACUCACAUGAUGCUUUGCAUGCAUUUAGAAUGCUUUUAGAAUGACAAAGUGUCAUGGAAGUUGUAGUUUCAAACAUCUGUGGAUCUACCUUUUGGUCACCCCUGAUCUACAGGCUCUUCAUAGUGAAGACUUUCAGUAUUUGAAAUACAUGUUCCUGUUGUAUCGUCACACACAGGGUGAUCACACAGAAUGCUGUGAAUGCUUCUUACUAGAGAAGCAUUCAAUUGGCUCUUUAUUAUAGGAGCACUACCAUCACCAUAACUUCAACAGUGCACUGUGGUGGUAAUAGUACCCUGGCAGCUUCCUAUUUUUAGAAGAGCUUCACUUCUUACCUGGGGUCCGCCAGGUGCAGCUCCCUGCAUCUUCUACAGCUGAAUGAGAGCCGAAAUCGUACUUAUUUAAGCUUGGUGGUGGAGGGCUUAGCUCAUCAGCUGACACUCUCACCCACUGAGCUAGUCCUGCACUGCAUGGCUUCACUCAGGAGAUCUAUUAGAAGCAGCACAGUAGCUUCCUGCUCUCACUGAGCUGUAGCAGAUUUGGUGAACGGUGCCCGAUGGACCCCAAGGAAAAAGUAAAAUUGUUCUUCAUUGGUUUGAAAUCUUAAAGGAGCACUAUAGGUCAGGAACACAAACCUGUAUUCCUGACCCUUUAGGGUUAAAACCACCAUCUAGCCCCCCUUGCCUCCCUAAAUAUAGUAAAAUCUUACUGGUAUUCAAGUCUGGAGCUGCUUGCUUGUCCCGGUUUCCUUUUGACCUGCCCACUGCCUGCUGACAUCAGCAGAAGUGGUAGCCUGAUCCAAUCACAAUGCUUCUCCAUAAGAUUGGCUGAGACUGACAAAGAGGCAGAUCAGGGGCAGAGCCAGCAUGAUUCAAACACAACCCUGGCCAAUCAGCAUCUCCUCAUAGAGAUGAAUUGAAUCAAUGAAUCUCUAUGAGGAAAGUUCAGUGUCUGCAUGCAGAGGGAGGAGAUACUGAAUAUUUGGAUGCAUUUUAGGCAGCCAUGACCCAGGAAGGAUCUCUAACAGCUAUCUGAGGAGUGGCCAUUGAAGUUGGCACUAGGCUGUAAUGUAAACUGCAUUUUAUCUGAAAAGACAGUGUUUACAGCAAAAGGCCUGAAGGUAAUGAUUCUACUCACCAGAACAAAUUCAAUAAGCUGUAGUUGUUCUGGUGACUAUAGUGUCCCUUUAAAGUUCUGGCACUGUAACCACUACAGCACACAGUGGUGAUUAUGUUGCUUGAAGGGCUUUAACCCCUUAAGGACACAUGACAUGUCAUGAUUCCCUUUUAUUCCAGAAGUUUGGUCCUUAAGGGGUUAAUUAAAGAAUUAGUUUAACUUCUUCAUAUACUCUCAAAAGGGAGCCAAAUAAUCCUAAUCUUUAAACGCUAUACUCUAACAUUAUUAAUACAUUUAUUUGUUCUUAAUUUCAGUGCUCUUUAAAUAUAUCCUCCGAGAGCUAUAAUCACUACAGCAUGCCAUAGUAGUUGUGGUGUCCUAACUCCCCUUCCUUGUCAGUGUUUUUAGAACAAAAACAAAGAAGCCCAACCUUAACCCUAACUCCCCAUCCAACUACCGUCCUAUCUCGCUACCGCCUUUUGCAUCCAAGAUCCUUGAAAGAAUUGUGUAUGCAAGAUUGACAGACUUCCUCGAGUCCAACUCUCUGCUAGACCCGCUUCAGUCUGGUUUCCGCGCUAAGCACUCUGUGGAAACGGCACUGACCAAAGUAUCCAAUAAUCUACUCGCUGCAAAAUCUCGUGGUCACUACUCUAUCCUAAUUCUCCUUGACCUGUCUGCGGCUUUUGACACUGUUGAUCAUCAACAGCUUCUACUCAUCCUCCGCAAUAUCUGUCUACAAGAUAUUGCUCUCUCCUGGUGAUGCUCGCCUUCAAGACUUUUCGACGGCUGCACCGUUCCUGUGGAACUCUCUUCCCUCCUCCGCUAGAUGCUCACCCAGUCUCCACUCCUUCAAAAAAUCUUUUAAAAAAAAACACUUCUUCAUAAAAGCGUAUAAAUUGAACUGUUAAUAGCUCCUGACUGAUUCCUCUUCUGCAACUGUCACUAGUCUAAUACAAUCCUUACCAUUUGUGUCACUUUACCCCACUCCCUCUAGCAUGUAAGCUCAUUGAGCAGGGCCCUCAACCUAUCUGUUCCUGUGUGUACAACUUGUCUGGUUACAACUACAUGUCUGUUCGUCCACCCAUUGUAAAGUGCUGUGGAAUUUGAUGGCGCUGUAUAAAUAAUCUAAUAAUAAUUUGAUUUCCUACCUAGACACAGAUGCCCUCAGCAAAUGCAUGGAUUAGCUCAGUAGAGUUAACUGAAGCUCCUAAGCAGGAACUUUUCCCUCUCCUUGCUACAAAGCGGUGGUUGGGAAGCAGCACCUGGCAAACCUCACAUAAGAAGUCAAACUGUUCUAAAAUGGUUUGACUAUUUACACUCCUAACCCCAUAACCAUAACAGUAUGAUGUGUGGUUCUUGGGGUUUUCCUUGAAAGUGUCCUUGAUACAUUUGAACCAGGCUAACUUAUCUUCAUACCAAAAUUAACUGUGUGUAACCAAAAACGCUUUGAUAGAAUCUGCAUAGAUAAGAACUAAAAGUCAUGCAGGCCAAAGGUGACCUCAGAAUCAGGUAAUUUAAAUGGAUUCACAAGUCUGCAAAUAAGAUGUAUAACAGACCUUGAAAUACAAGCUCACUUAAAUGCCUCUAAAUUAAAAUACGUUUUUUGAAUCCAAGUCUUGUAAACUAUUGUAAAUGUGGACUAUUUGGCAUCAGUCCCCGAAUUCUUAAGUUACAGUCAAACUAAGCACGAGUCUGUUUCUUGCUCGAGAUGUUAAGACAUGCUUAAAAGUUAAAAACACAAUCAGACUUUUUACAGAAAGAUAAGUCCUGUGCUUCCUCCCAUCACUCCUGGGCGGCAGCAAUGACUACAGUACACAUCAGCCCCAAUAUAUAGGAAAAACCAAAGAAAAACAAGUUACCUGCGCUCUCUCCUUAAUCCCUAUGUAUAUUUAAACAAAUGGAGGUCAUUUAGUUACUCCAAAGGCGAUUGAAGGGAAUGCCCACCUGCCAACGUCAAGGCAGACCCCCUAAGUAGGUCCUACACUGACCCUUCACCUAGCUUCUUUGAGCUUCUGGCAAAGAUAUCUCUAAUGAGACAGAGAGGGGUAUUUUUUAUAUAUACCCCUAUAUAUUUAUUAACCCUUAAUAGGGAACACGUGGGAUGGGCGGCAGCAUCGUAACAAAGCUGUGUGAUAUAAAAAGUGAAUACAAAUACAGAAAGAUAAGUCCUGCGCUCACUCCCAUCACUCCUGGGCGGCAGCAACGACUACAGUAAUGGCCAUUGGAGUAACUAAAUGACCUCCAUUUGUUUAAAUAUACAUAGGGAUUAAGGAGAGAGCGCAGGUAACUUUUCUUCAACCGAUUGUCAUCAAACACAAGCAAUGGCUCAGUUUGAAUUAAACUUAAAUUGCAGUUGUUGGGGAAAUAGUUCAAGUUCAUGGAGUUAAAAGCAGUCAAUCCCCCCACCUUCCUCACAUGCAGUUUAACUCCAUUUUGGUGUUUUUCUAGUCCUUGGCUAAAGCAAGUGUCCCGUGUUCCAUUCCACUGUGACAAUGGCUACUGUCCCUAAGGAGGGAGGGAACUUAAAUACACUUUUGUUUCAAAUGGUACCUUAUGACAUCAAAGGCUUUCACUCUUUGAGAAAGGCAUUUCCCUCAUUUCCUUCCUGCAAUACUUUUACAAUUGUUGACAGUCCCUGUUGGUGUAGUUUAGGCGCUUGGCACUGCCAGUUUUUUAUCAUGUGCAAUCCCCAUACAUACUUUGCCUUGUCCUAACUGAAUCAAUAACACUCCAACAACAUGUCUAUAUCUCAUUUUUUUAAAUUAAAGUUUCAAAGUAACUCUGUAAAGUCCCACACUAAGACUUAUUUGUUCUAGUGCAGGUUUGCACCCUACAGAGAAGUGCUGUUCCUCUGCAUUUCUGCAGGGAUACUGUUCUUGAUAUGCCAUUACCCACUCUCUACAGCAGAGGUGCCCAAAAGGUAGAUCCUCAGAUGUUUUAAAACUACAGCUUCCAUUAUGCUUUGUCAUUCUCUAUGCAUGCUAAGCAUCAUUGGAUUUGUAGUUCUACAACAUCUAGUGAUCUACCUUUUGGGCAUACCUGCUCUACAGCAAACUUAAAUAAAUCAAACUUCAUGGCUAUAUUCUAGCAGUCCAGAAAGCUCCAAUUAUACUGUGGGUAUUUUUGGAGUCGGCAGUAGCAAUUUGGAAUUCUCUGUUUAAUAUAGAUCCUCUGAGUACGUGUGCUUACGAUAUUAUAUGGCAUUAUGCUGAUGGCAUUAGGGGUUUUCCCACAUAUGCCAUCAAUGUAUUUGACCAAUUCAGUUUAUUCAUGCCUAUCAAAUGGCGUAUGUGCUUUAGUUCUGGUAGGCAAGGGCAUGGAUACCAUAUAAUACCUAAAACGUUUGUUUCCCUCAAUAUUUCUGUAAAAGAUUGAAAAAUUUUAAUUUGAUAAAUUAAUAUAUUUUCUUAAGGUAUACCUAGACAGCAAGCAAUAAACAACAUUAUUAUUAUUAUUUCUUUCUUUCUCAUGCUUAUAUGUUAUCUAUGCUUCUAAUAUUUCAAAUAAAUAUUAUGUUUUUGAUAAACAAAAGUUAUUGUAACAUCUUCACUACCAAGUUUUUUCAUUUAACAUCUCAAAAUCUGCAAAAUGGCCUCGAUUUAUUUGAUAUUGCUGUCACAGUAUUUAGGCCACUCCAGUUGUGGACUACAUCUCACCCAUACAGCCAUAAUGCUGGCAAUGCAUCAGUGGAGAUGUAGUCCACGACAUCUGGGAUAAGAAAGCUUUAGACUGAUCCUUUGUUAAAAAUUAAGUAGCCAGGACUAUGCAUGAUUUUGCAAUCUAUUAUCAACUUACAAUGAAAAAAUGUUUAAAAGUCGGCAGUAAAACUACCUGUGGGGUUGUUAAUCGCGGUGUUAUGUGUUUUAUUAUUUAUUUAUUGUUUGGUUUUUUUAAUCAGGAGGAAAAGAUGCUGAACAUAUUGGUGAGUCAGGGCGUGCGCAGUGGUAAAACUGGAAAUCUUGGAAUGGAAGUCGAUGGACUCCUGUUUUAUAACACUCACUCAGAGAUGAUUGAAAAACUUCUAGGUGCCACUCUAUAACCUCUUCCCCAAGGCCUAAAUAAAUGUAUGCUCUCAUUUUUUAUAUGUAUGAAACCUCAUGGGUAGUGAAAUGUAGUUUAAAAUGGUAUAUCAUUGUGCAAUAUAUUAGUCUCCCUGUUUAUCUUCUAUCUUAUAGAGAGAGACAAAGAGGUAGCUGUGUGACACAGUGCUAAAUUUGGAAAAUAAGUAAGAACAUCCUGUUUUCAUUCUAAUAUUUUCCACUUUUAGAACUUUGCCCCAUAAUUGCUCAUUAUACGGUACCCCCAAUGAGUUUGUAAUCUAUCGUUAAUGGAAGUAUCACAAAAUGUCUUGCUUGUACCAAUCACCAACUCAUUUUAGGAUUUCUCUAUACGGAGUUUGCUUAAUUACUAAACAUUGCAACAACGAGCUGACAACUAACUUGGCCAGCAACUGCCAAGUGUGGAGGCAAGGAAUCUGACUUGGUUGCUUUGGAGGAUUGUCAGGUCAACAGGUCUCAUUGAUUAGAGCAGGAAUCUUAAAUGUUGAUGGCCUACAACUUCCAUAAUUACUUGAAUGCAGUAGAUGGCUAGAGAAUCAUGGGAGUUGUAGUUCGGCAACAUGUGGAGGGACAUAAUUUAAGAUGCCUGGUCUAGAGAUGAAAACACUAUUAGCUCUGAUUGUGACAAUUCAUUACAUAAAUGGCUAACUUUAUUUGCCAGUUUGGUUUAAAUCUAGUCAUUUUAGACAACUGGUGGCUAAUUUUGCAUGCACAUGCCCAAGCAUUGGCUGAGCAUCAUAGGAAAUGUAAUUUUAAAAUAGCUGCACUUCUUAUGUUAGUCGUCAUUAGUCUAGACACCUCUGCAAUUUCCUGUCUUCAUGUUCAAUAUUCCAGGCAAUAAAUAUAAACAUUAUUUAGUGUUUUCUCUCACACACACAAACGGCGCCUGCCAUGGGACCUGUCUUAACCACAAUUAUAAUAAGAACAAUAUUUUUCCUGUACAAAAAUUUUUAAAUAUAUAUAUAUUUCUAGAAUUAAUAAAUUAUGCAUUUCUAGCAUCAAAACAAAUGUAUAAUAAUGGCAAAAUAAAGACUAUUGAAAUUAACACCCUUAUAACAGAUUAAAUAGACAAUGUUUGAUUGUAAAGCAAUAUUUUGUUGCAUGUUUAUUAAUAAAAACUGUAGCACUGUGGGCUACAGUCAGGGCCGGACUGGGGAAAAAAAUUGGCCUGGGCAUUUUUUAAUCACAGCGGCUCAUUAAGAAGGGGGCGGGGAGAGAGGGUGUGUUUUGUCAUCACCAAUGACAAACACGCCCCCUCUCAAAGUGAGCAUGUUUGUUCAAUGCUCUUCCAUGCAUAGAGCUCUGCUGAAGAGCUCUAGCAUGAGAAAAAAUCCCUGUAUUUGUUCUGCACAGUGCAAGCAACUUUAAUAACAUGCUUGCACUGUGUUUCCUUGCAACUUGUCUCUGGUGUCUCUAUAAAUGUGAUACCAGGAGACAAAAGGGCCAGGAAAGAGUAUUGUGCAUGUGUUUGGAUCCUGCUUGUGGGAUUGCGUGUGUGUAGAGUGAGCAUAUCGUGGUGUGGUAUUGUGUAAUAAUGUCAGUUUUAGUCGUCUUGUGUUUGUGGUGUAAUGUAAUGCAUGUGUGGCUAGGGGAUGUUGUAGUGUGUGUGUGUGUGUGUGUGUGUGUGUGUGUGUAUAUAUAUAUAUAUAUAUAUAUAUGUGUGUGUUUGGAAGUAUUGUGUGUGGGGGCUUCUGUGUGUAUGUGUGAGGGGUGCAGUGUGUGUGUGUGAGGCAUUAUACCCCCCUCCAUUCUUACUUUAGCAUUGGAGGGGGGACAGUGCUGCCAUCCCUGGUAGUGCUCAUGGUGAGUGUACUCUAGCCUGUGGGGCUUGAGUUCACUAUCCAUGGCAACGCUCCAGAUUUCGCGAGAGGACCCCAGCGGAGCUGCAAGAUAGAGCUCUGCUGGGUCCUCUAUCCCUCCAUCCCCAGCCGCAUGUCUAUGCAAGUGGGCCGGUGAGGGAGAUCUUUGAUCUCCCCACCUGCCCGUCAUGGAAUACUGCAAGGCCGGCGCUUGGAUAGGGCAGGCCCUGCAUGGACCGGCCGGGGAGGUCCUGUGACCACCCCUGCCGGCCUCGGCCCAUGACCAACGCGGGCCACUGGGAAUUUGCCUGGUGUGUCCGAUGGCCAGUCCGGGCUUGGCUACAGUCACUAAAAUGGGAAUUGUAGAACAUUGUCAGGUGAAAAUUAACAUUUUGGGGCAAAUCUGAAUCAGGAAAUAAUCCAAUCUAGCAAUCAUUUUUAUUGUUUAGCUAUUUUGGGGGAAAUUUUCUACAAUACCCAGUUUAGUAAAUAAAAAACUGGGAUUAUUUGCAAAACACUGUACUAUAGGGAGUUAACAUUGAUCAGUAAAAAUUAUCCAACUCUUCUACUACUAUUACUAUUCUAGUCUGAAUUUUGCAAAUUGCUUUUCAGCGCUCUGAUAUUUACUGUUACCCCUCGUGUCAAUACAUCAAAAAUGUUUUCUGAAUAAUAAUGCAGUUUAUGUUUGUAUGUUUUUAUUUUACCAACUAGACUCUGUCCUGAUUUGUGGUCAGAUCUCUCUGAGAGGGGCAACUGGAAUUAUCCAAAGACCACAUUUAAAGAGACAUUGAUUGUGUGAUGUAGUUUAGUGCUGUCAAUACAGCAAUCGUGUGACCUAUGCCAGCUUGCUCUUGUUCUUUCUUUAAUUAAAAGUUCCAAAUUAGAGCAUCAAUAGUCAUGGCUGCAAAAAUUUAGCUUGUCAGCAUUCCAAGUAUGCAUAGUGGUGCUGGCAUAGUUCACCACUGCAGAAUGCACCAAUAGAUCAAAACACUAUCAAAUGCAAGCACAAACACUCAAUAUUUGGUCAUGUUCCACUAGUUAUAAAUUGGACAGUCUUGCUGGCUCUUGGAAUCCUAUAUGUGAUGUUCUCAUUUCAUGUGUUUUGAUCUUAGAAUGAAGUACUCUAAGAUUUAAAAACAAGUAAUCUCUGAAGAAAACACAUUCACAAUUUUUGCGUUAGAGGCAAGUGGCACAACACAAAAUAUAUUUUUCUUUGCAAUAACAAAAUGGUAAAUAUCUGCUUAAAGUAAAAUUGUUACAUGUUUUUCUGUAAAACACACAAGUUGAGUACAAAAAAACUCAGAGUUCUUUUUGACAGGGAUAUAGAUUUGGAUAUUAAUCCAUUCCAUUUCCUGUUGAUUCAAUAACAGAUACCUUGUGGUCACAGAGCACAGAUGUCAAAGAUGUCUCAUCCCUGCCAGUCACAUUCUUUGCUUUGCAAUUCUCUUCACUGUUUGUUUCCACACGCUUUAACUCAUAGGAUCGGUUUGUUACCUUUUGACAGCUUAAAAAUGCUAAGCAAGAUUCUUUAAACUUCAUGAAGUCUUUGUAAGUGUUCUCACUGGCGAAACAAUACAAUGCCGGGUCGGCCACACAGUUUAGGCUUGUGAGAAGCAGGGAGAAAUGGUAGACAUUAAAGAUCCUUGCAGCAAAUACACAGUCUUUCUCAAACAAGCUUCGAAUAACCACCAGUAUGUGAUAUGGACCAAAGCAGACCAUGAAUAUGAGAACAGUGCUAAGAACUAAAUGUUUGAUUUGAAUUUUUUUCUUUGUUUGUGUUCCUUGGCUCUCUCGAACCACUUUGAAAAUGUGACAGUAAGAAAAUAGCAGUAGGAAAAUGGGGAGAAGAAAUCCAGCAAAGAAUCGAUAGUAAUUGAUACUGUGUUCCCAUUCUUUCAUGGGAUAAUGUUCAAAGCACACAACGUGGCUAUCCGGAUCCUUACUGAAUUCUCCAUGGGUGAAGAAAAAGUAGCUGGUCAUUAUUUCCUUGAGCCAAAUUAUCGAACUAACCACAAGAGCAGCCUUCAUUGUCCUCAGUUGAAGGAACCUGAAAGGGUGGACCAGGGCAAGGUACCGGUCAAUGGAGAUACAACAAAGAAAUCCAAUGCUAAUGUAGAUGUUCUCAUAAAGGAGUACACCACAGAUCCUGCACAUGACUUCAUUGUAAGUCCAGUUGUCAUGCUGUAGAACAUACUGAAGCCAAAAUGGCAGAGAGAAAAUAUAAAGCAGGUCAGCCACUGUUAAAUUGCACAGAUAUAUGCCAAGCUCGUUCUUGGCCUUGACUUGUAAAUAGCCGUAGUACAAAGAGAAGCAGUUUGCUGGAAGACCAAUACUAAGUACAACAACGUACACCACCGGGAACAGAGUCUGGUGUAUAGUGUGGUCAAUUGUACAGUUUGUAAAGUUGCUGUCCACACUCUCCUCUGUGACAUUUGCCAUAUCACUGCACAAGAUUUACAUAGGACUUGGCUGCCAUCCGAUAUACAUCUCUUGUCCCCAGUUUGCUCCUGAGAUCUUUAAGGCGGCAUUAGAACCACUGGUAAAGAAAAAAAAAAAUUUUGGAAAAAAAAUUCAAACCUCAGUAUUGUAAAACCAAGCAGAUACAAUGUGCAAAUAGUUAUUAACACUACAAGUUAAUCCUCACUGAAAUAUAAUAAUUGUCAGAGAAUUCUGGAAAAUAGUCCAAAAAUUUUCAUUGGGACAAACAUGUACAAUCUACGUUUAAAGGAACACUCAAAGCACGUAAAGCUUGUUGAAAUACUUAAUUCAUGAAAGUGUGUGGUUUUUGUUUGUUUGUUUUUUAAAAAAAUCUUUUUACAUUUCCCUGGCUAUCAAUCCGACCACAGGUCCUGUUACUUUUUGGUCAUUUAGCUCUGUGGAACUAAACAAAAGAGACCAGCAAUUGCCUUGCAAAGAUUGAGAAGCUUGUGAUUGGGCUAAUGGUAAUAUUGCAAUAGAUUCACUUGCAACCAUUUUCCAUCAACAUAAAUCAUGUUUAAAGUCUAUGACUGAACAGAUGAGUGCAUUGGGAAGGGUCUAUGUUUUUUGGGGGUUUUUUUUUCAAACAGUACAUGCAGUAGAAAGGUCCAUUUGAUAUGAUAUGUAGAGAAGAUAGCUUGUUUUGGCUGUUCUCCAAUAGUAUUAUGGGAAUGUGGGACAGUAAAUAAGUAUACAGGUUUGUUGUCACUUGAUCCAGAAUUCAAGAGAAUUUGAUUAUGUUAUCUUAAUUUAUUUUGUCAUAAUAAAAAUUGAUGAAAGAAUGCCAUAAAGUUACAACAGUAAAACACUGCAACUGAGCUGUUAGAGACCAUAAUUAAGCAAUUAUUAGAAUAUACUUGAUAACAAAACUUUGCAAAGACACUGAUAGGAUUGGACCCAGAUAUAAUUAAAAUGUGAAUACUGAACCUCUUAGAGUUCACAUUAGUGGAAUGAAUUCAACAGCCAAGAAUUGUGGAGCAUUGACAGUGGCUUUGCAAAUUUCAUGAUAUUUGGUCUGCAAUUUGCAAGCUCCCUAAUUUUGCAAAGUUCUGGUUUAGUAAAUAAUCCCAGAAAUUUUACAAAUCCAUUGGAUUUACUAGUCGACUAGAUCUAUAUUUUUAAAGUUAAUUUUAUGGAUUUAAUCUCAACAUCUGUGCACAAUUUACAUUUAACACUCUAAGCAUAACAUUAAAAAAAAAAAAAAAAAGACUACAUAACUUACCAGCGGUCGAAGAGCAAACCAUUGUCCAUUUUUCAAACAAAUCAAUUCUUAAUGCGCUUAUGAAGACAAACUAGGCUCUGGGACCUAUGGAAAAUUAGAUUUUACAGUUGAUGAACUUAAAAAAAAAAAAAAAAAUACUUUUUUUCCCCACCAGUCACCACAGAGAUCUCACUGCAACAUAUAUUCCAUCGCCUGUCUUCGUGUUUCUGGUUAUUCAUUUUUUUUCCGCCUGUAAUUUGUAUAAAUGUUUCCUGCGCUUAUUAAUAGAGGCCUCCUCCCAUUUUACAAUAAAAUGACACACAUCCUCUGAACUAAACAAAGACAAGAGAUUUCCCCGUCUGACACAUAAGCAACAAAUCAAGAUGACUAAUAAAUCUUUAAAAUAAUUUAAUCAUAAAAUAAUCUAAUCAUAUUUGUCAACAUUCAUUUGAUAUCUACCAAUCAAGUUAUGAAAAUUAGUAUAUAGUGAGCAUAGGGAAGGAACAGCCUUUCUGCAUUGUUUAUAGGCAUUGGGUGAUGAUACCUUAAACACGAUAACUAAACUCAAUACUCUCCGAAAUGUGGCAAGACCCCCCUAUCUUUGUAGGCAUGUCCUUGGGCUUGUAUGCCAAUUGUGGCACUUAACAUAGCCAGAAACUCCCAGAAGUAAUUUAUUGAAUAGCUAUAGCAUGAAAAGAUAUGAAACCUAUCACCUAAAUUUAUAGCAGCCAUGUUCUAAGCUUACCAAUAAGUCCAUCCCUGUUUUUUUCAUUGCUAUGGAGGAGCCUCACAGUAAACGUGAGGAGGGGGUGAACUUAUAGCUGCAGUGAUUUUUAUUGCAGUUAUACGUAGCUGAGUCUCCUUGUACCAUAGCAUGUGCAAGGAAUAUAGGUUAUUAG